CUAUUGGUUUGUUGUUAUUUUUUAAAAACCAGUCUCUGAUAUUGUUCCAUUUAUAGAAGACCUUAAGAGGAUAAUGCAGUUAUGUAUGCUAUGAAAAAGUCACUGGCUGAAGUUCUGCACACCAUGACAUAAAAAGAGUUGGAGCAGUAUGGCGGUCAAAACACAUACCCCUAUAAGAAUCCUGGGAACUGUAGUUUACCACUCAAUGAGCUACAAUUCUCAGCACCUUCCCAGCAAUCUUUUUUUGGGAGAAAGGCAUGAUGUGUAGAGAGCCAGUGGAUGUACAGCAUCCAGAUUAAAAUCUCUAUACAGUACUCAGAAUCUCUCUGAGCAAACAUGGGUGCUGCAACCUCACGCCCUGCAAAGUAGGCUGCUGUCUCUCCGCCUAGCCUAUCCUGCCCUCACAAAGAUUGCUGAGAGGAUUAAAAUGUUUGCAGGCAGGGAAACCUGUUUUAAUUUAUAUCUAUCCUGCUCUUCUAGUGAUUACACAUCCUUCAAGAUGGCUUGCAAGAAUUUAAAAUCGGAGUAAUGCUCCUAAAAAACACACGUUAAAAAUACAUUUAAAAGCAACAAUGAUUUUUAAAAUGACCUUUGCAGGUAAAUUUUUUUUUUUUUUUAAAUUGUUGCCUACUGGAAUAAAAAAAUAUAUUUUAUCAGCUGGUGCAAGGCAGCUAGAGGCGGAGCUAGGUUUUUAAAAAAUAUUUGAAACUGCAGCCAGCAGGAGGAAAAGUGGCAGGUAAACGAUUUUAAAACACUGAACUCGUGGUUUUUGUUUUAUUUUUUCCUGGUUAGCUGGCAAGUUUAUUUACUGGGAAAGUCGUUUUAAUUAAUCACUAUGGCUAAAACCGCCUGAGACAGCCAGCCAGGCCCCCCAAGGGAUUCUUCUCUGAGGGACUCGGAGGGGGUCAGGGAACUGCGGCGCUUCGGGGGGAGGGACGGUUGCUCUGGCGACAGAGAGCGGACGGCAGCGUCCGUUAGGGCGGGGCAGGAAAGGUAGAUGUUGCGAGUGACAGCUGCUGUAGGAACUGUAAGUGGGUGGAGUCCAGGUGGGCCGUUUCGUACGCGGGGUGGGGGAGCGAAACGUCAAGAGAGACGCUGCAGCUGAGGCGGCUUCCGCCAGUGGACGCGGGGUGGGGGGGGGGAAGGUGAGAGAAAGGAGCGCAUUAAGGCUCGUAGAGGCGGGCGGGGCUCUGCGAAGAUUCCACGGAGGGGGGCGGGGCAGAGUCUGUUCGCACACGGAGAGAAUGGGGUACAUGGACAGUCGGCACCGGAAGUUCUCUUGCAGAAGCGGGCCCCAUCACGCAAAACGCACUGCACAUUCCUCCGCGAACCGAAAAAAAAGGACCGCGGCCUAACUUGCUCCUACUGCUUAGACCCGUUGCAGGAGCAAAAGGAGGCGACUCGCGAACUUGGCGCGUACACGAGCCGGUGCUUCGCGCGAAGAGAGGAGCGGCUCAAGCCCCGAGGUAGAGAAGGCCGGGACUAAUUAUUUUGAACAUAAACUACUUCGCGGAGGGAUAUUCUCACACGGCUCGCUUCCGCAAGAAAGGGCUUUUAACAGACGCGUCACUUCCGGCGAGCCUCAAGAAGGGGAGGAAAAGGAAAGAAGAAGAAAAAACAACAAACCCCCGAAGGGGGAAACAAAAACAAACGGGAGGCCUCGUCAGCCGCGGGCUCCGCGAGACUCCGGCGCCUGUUUCUGAGGGCCUCAGGGCUCGCGGGCAGCAGCGCCCCCCCUCCUCGAUGGGCACCGGGAUGUCCCUCCGCCCCCCGGCCCCUCUUUGAGCUUCUUUGCCUCCCCUUCGCCUUUCCCCCCUUCGCCCUCCCUCUCUCACUCCUUCCCCGCCUGCCGCCUCCUCCUCUGCCGCCGCAGCUAAGCCCCUUCCCUCCCCGGCCCUGAGGCGGCGGCAUCAUCACCGUCGACGGCUCCGCCGCCGCCAUGUCGGGGGACGACGACGGCCCUGGCGGGUCUCACUACGUGGCAGAGUUCGUGCCUCCGCCCGAAUGCCCCGUCUUCGAGCCCAGCUGGGAGGAGUUCAGCGACCCCCUCGGCUUCAUCGGCCGCAUCCGGCCCUUGGCCGAGAAAACGGGCAUCUGCAAGAUCAGGCCUCCCAAGGUACCCGGGGAAGGAGGAGGAGGAGGAGGGAUGGGGAAGUGGGGUCCACCCUUCAGGGCCUGGAAAGGGGUCCGUGGUGGGAAGGGCAGGUGGGGGCACGUUGGGUCUUCGGAACAGGAUCUCGGCUUUCCCGUGAAGUCGCUCCCCGAUCCCUUUCCCCCCUUCAGUCGCUCCCCUGGCUUUUCAUCUCCUCGCUGGCCCAGCCUCCCGUGCCCGGUCGCAUCACCAGCUGCCACGGUCUGUGAUGCUUCUUCGCCCGUGAAAGGUGCCCAAGGGAUGGCUCUUCCUUAACGAUGGGGCAACUUCUCCUUUGGAUUCCUUGAUUUUUCUUUGUUAUACUUGCCUGUUUUUAAUUUUGACUCUGUAAUUCCGUAACGAUGUUUCAAAAAAGCAAAAGCUGGGUGGGUGCAUACAAGGAAAAAAGGAGGAAAACAGGAAGAAGAUUAAGGGUCCGUUCAGUGUUGUAGCAAUAUAAGAUACAGUAGCUAUGAUCAAUACAAUAAGAAUACUUACUUUCACUUUGGGGGAGGGUUACCGUGUUUACAUUUUGCAUAGAGCAAGUGACCUAGGCCACAGACUAACUUUUGUUAGUUUUAGGGUAAAGGGCCCCUAAGCCUUUUGAAGUGUAUAAAAUUCCCUAUCAAAAAAUUGUGUGCAGUUCCUGCGUAACUUGAUCUAGUAAAAUUGCCUUUUUGCUUGUCUAUCUGGAGGCAACUUGGUAGUAGCAGAAAACACUAUACCAAUUUAACAAAGUCAUCCAUCCUACACUCCCUCUUUUUUCUCUAGUACAUUGCUUCACUAAUCUAAAAUAUCAAUUUAACAUAUGAAGGGUGAUUAUAAUUUUUUUACAUAAAAAAGUUCCUAGUUCUCCCCUUGAACAAUCCUUUUCUGGCUUUGGGAAAUGGGAUCCAGUUGCUGCAUCCUGCUUUGAAUGUUGCUAAUUCCCCUUCACCAUCCAAGGUCAAUCUAGAUCCUGUCUUCCAUCUUUGUUACUGCAUUUUCAAUGUACAAUAUUUCAGUUAUAUUCCAUGGCAUUGUAUGAAAGAUGGUUUUACUCAUCACAUUCCCUUUAAUCUCAAGAGGUGUUUAAAGUACUGGAGUUUUCAUUCUCAGUUUUUCAGCUCCCUGCCCCAAAUAACUUGUAGAAAGGGAAAAGCAAUGGCAAUGAUUAGAGUUGCUUUUUUUUCUGGCAUUGCUUUUGCACCUUGAGUUUGGUAGGUGCUGAAAAAGGAGUGUUGCCAGAAUAAGAUGUCGACACCCUGUCUGUCACUAAAAGAGUUGGGUAUUUGGGUUUCUCUUUUUAAUUUCACAAUAGUGAGGGGUUUCUAAAGUGGAUUGAGCGAUGGUUUUGGAGUACCAGUGAUCUGGCAAUAAGCUUUUAACUAAUUUUUAAAUAUAUUUCGGGUACCUGUUACUGAAUGAAAUGAAUUCUGAAGUAAUGUUUCGCCCCAUUUAGUCCUUAUUGGGGAUGAGUGAUAAUAAAAGCUACAGUUCUAUUACUAUAUUGUGUUUAAAAAGCAUGGUUUUAUUCAGGACAAACCUCAGUUGCAAUUAUGGAUGAUUACUACUGCAUACUGUUAAAAAGAGCACAUUGCUUCAAAGUUGUUCAGCUAAAAAGAUAUCAUUUUGCAUCUCAGCAUUGUGCAUUCAUUUGCAAUGCACUUUACUUGCAAGUUAGAGUAUAAUCUCAAGUGCAAAGUAGCAUAACAUUUAAUUUUGAAACAGUGUAGUAGCAAUACAUAAGGAUUAAAAAGCACUUCAGGUACAAGUCUUAUUCACUAAAAUACUGAAAAAUAGGUGCCAUUAAGUUUUGUAGCCUUUGUUUUUUUAUUGCCUCUGUUUUAUUCUUGAAUCCACCUACUUGGCCUUGUGGCAUGUUGCUCUAUAAGUAGAUGCCUAUUCUAGGACCACAUCAAAUACAUUGGAUUGUUUGUAGUAUCUGCUGUGGUCCUAAGAUGAAAACUCAAAAUUCUGUUGAGCUUAAAUGUCUUCUGAUUCUUACUUGCAGCCUCAGCACCUGCAUAGUGAACUGGUUACUUGGCAGAUAAUUUAAAUCUUCAUUCAGCAAUGAAUAACUUGCUUGCUUGAUAUUAUUAGAAGCUUUAAGCAGUAUGCUGUUCUAAAUGUUUUUGAAAUAUUGCAUUUCAAGUGAUUUUAUCUCUUUCCUUAUAGAUAUUUCCAUGUUUAGCCUUAAAAGGUUUUUGAAACAAAAAAGCUUGUAGUAAUUUGAUUGUUUAUGGCAAGUGGUUUUUCUGUUGUUGACUCAUGCCAUACUGGCAGAGAGAGAUGUAGGCAGACAGGCAAAUAAAGUGUUCUAUGGACUUGUUACUUGUGAGGCCAUGCUGCUGUACUGACAAGGAAUUGAAGUGCAUUUGCUGAAGUCAGAGUCUAAGCAUGUUUACAACAUGAUGAAUCCUUGGGUUUACCUUGCAUAUUGUCCUCAGUUGUGUGUUCCUCUCAUGCCAACAUCUCCUUGCAGGAGUGAAGGUUUUAUUGGAUUGCAGAUUCUGCUUCUGCUUGUAUACAUUAGUGACCCACAUGGCUAUAGACAUUGAAAGAAUUAGGGCCUUUUAAAGCCAGAUACAUUCUCAAGUAUGCCAGCAUUCUGACUGUUUUCUGUCAGCUCUAAAAUAAAUUAACCUUGUUCUUAAAAGCCUUUUUACUUUCUAAUUCAUCUGAAGAUAUUCUCAGGUGUGCAUUGAUUUAACUUGCAUGUAAGAAUAAAAAUCCAGUAUUUAUAAAAUAUCGGAGAAAUAGCUAUGGGGAUGUGUUGGAUAUUCGUUGAAGGCUUAUAUCUUGAAACUAAAUUCCCUCCUUUCUUUUUAGGACUGGCAGCCUCCUUUUGCAUGUGAUGUACAAAGUUUUCGUUUCACGCCACGAGUUCAGCGUUUGAAUGAACUAGAGGUGAGCUUCCCAACCAUUGGCAUAAAUCUGUACCCCUACAUAAAGCAUUAGACCUUUUUUUUUUUAAAUGAGGUUCAAAGUUAUUGUCUUAAGAAAUGUUUAGAACAUCUCACCCUUCCAUCAUUUGUAUUUACAUGAUUUGAUUAAUUUAACUUCAAGUGUCUAUGAGCAAUAUUUCAUUUUAUUACCGUGCAUCAUUGCAGGAGCUCUUUAUACCCUACUGGAAAUGUCUUACAACACCAGUUUAAAACACAUCCCCUGAAACUAUAACCGUAUUCAGGUGCUCAGAAGAAUGCAUGAGGGCACAAACUGUGUAGGGAGUACAUUCACCGCUUAACAUCUACACACACGCUGUCCCUCCCUACUCCCCCUGCUCCCUCCAACCAAUCUUUUGAUAUUUCCAGUAGGUUUGAAGGGGGAUUAUAAGCAUGUUUGGCUGAAUACAUUUAGAACCUUUUUCAUGAUAGGGAAGUUUGAUUGUCAGGAGGAAUCUAGACACAUUUAGACAACUGUAGGAAGAUUGGGGUGAAGCAGACAGUCAUUGUAUACAGUGGUACCUUGGGUUAAGUACUUAAUUCAUUCCGGAGGCCCGUUCUUAACCUGAAACUGUUCUUAACCUGAAGCACCACUUUAGCCAGUGGGGGCUCCUGCUGCCGCCGGGCCGCUGGAGCACGAUUUCUGUUCUCGUCCUGAAGCAAAGUUCUUAACCUGAAGCACUAUUUCUGGGUUAGCGGAGUCUGUAACCUGAAGUGUAUGUAACUUGAGGUACCACUGUAUAGGGGACAUUGCACAGCUCCAUGCCCCUUGCAAAGUUUGCACUUUUGCUUGAAUGCCUGAAUAGGAUUUGUUUCAAUGAUUCCAGUAGAACUUGUUUUCAAGUAAAUAGGUUAGAGCUGGUAUUAGGCUUAAUACCAGCAUAAUAAUCUAGUGAGACAUAGACUCUCUUCAGCUUUCAGGUAGUGAAUGAAACUCUUCCAUGAGGAUAUUACUCUGAUAUUUUAAACUUCAAUUUACAUCCAUACCUUUAUUUCUUACUGCAUAGCAUUUUGAUUUGAAAAUGCUUAAAUGAUAUACAUGCAACUUGCAAGAGACUUUUAAAAAUUCUGAAAAGAGAAGACCCAAGGCAUCUGCAUUAAAGUAGUAUUUUUCAUUGUACUUGGAUUCAUCUGUUUCUUCUCCUCAUUCCUAAUAUUUUUUCUUGACUUCUGCUGUGCAAGAAACAUCUGCCAGUGCUGAAGGAGAAGUCUCCACCAGAGUUGUAGGAAUGUAGAAGGCUUAUAUUCGGAUUUGUCAUUUGUUGAAAUGGCCUUGGUUCUGAUAGGACAUAUUCUGGUCUAAGUUUUGAAGACUUUCAAAAUAGAGGAGCUGACUGUGAGCAUGCUGCCAUUAUUUUCCUUGGGUAUUGUGCUUCUCUCAUACCUAACGUAUGACGUCCAUCUGUUGCCUUGGUUUGUUAAUAGGCAAUGACUAGAGUGAAGCUAGACUUCUUGGAUCAGCUGGCAAAAUUUUGGGAACUUCAAGGAUCUACAUUAAAAAUCCCAGUCGUGGAGAGAAAAAUACUGGAUCUUUAUUCACUGAGCAAGGUGAGUGUGAAUCUACAAUCAUUUGGUAGGGUGUUAGUGGUUUCUCAUAAAAUCACGUUUUCCCUGCUGUAAUAGAGAAUCAUAAAAUAUACUCGCUUAAGGCUUGAAUAAUAUGGUGUGUUCAUUGAUAACUCCCCCUCCCUCCAUAUUAAGUCCAUGGAUUUUUAUCUGAGUAUAUAAGCAAUAAGGAGUUUUGGGUGCAGUAGCUUUCUGCAUCAGCAAGGCAAAUUACUCUUACUAUUUGAAAGUGUCUUAAGACUCUUCGUUGGGACUUGCUGCAGGAGACUAAUAUGGUUACUCUACUAGAACGUAACUUCCAGGCACGUAGGGUUCAUACUGCACAGCUUCUUAGUGUUUCCAUACCAGUUCAUAGCAUAUGCAUUGCAUCAUGGCAGAAACCUGUGAAUUGUGAUUUAAUUGGCAAGUAGCAAGUAGUACAUUUUAAAACUACUGCAUCAUUACUACAAUAAUGCUAAAUAAUAUUGUUGCUGGUUUUAAAAGUGCCUGUAAAGCAUGCUAAACUCUUGUAGUACUAAAUGUUUAUUUUUAUAAAAUGUUUUAAACCUGCCUUUCCAAAGCUGCACGUAGCAUACAACUUAUUUAAAGCCUGCAACCUUGGUAUAAUGCAAACCAAUGGAAACAGCCUGGUUUCUGCCAUAGCUGGGGAUGAAGGGCCACUGGGAGGCUGCAUCCCUCCCUCUUAGGACAUCAUGGUAAGGGGCAGACCAACCUGAAUCCUUUCAUCAAUUAGUGAAGGACUUGUUGGAACUGUUUUCCUUUCCCCUCUGCUACUUUUUCCCCUUCUGUAUUCUAACUAUUGGAUUGUGAGUCUGAGAAAAUGUUUAGUAAUAAUAGUAGUAGUGCAGAGAGUUCCAACUGUGCAAUAGCACUUUUGGUCUCAUGGCAGUUCAUUUGUCAGCUGAAUGCCUUCUCAAAAGUGCCUUGUCACCUCCCUGAAUGCCAAGAAGGAAGAACACAGAUUUGCGGUAUGCACAGCUAUGGGCCCUUUUGAGUGAGAUGAGUAGUAUUUCACAACUCAGUGGCUUAUUAGAUGUGAACUUGGACAAGUAGAAAGCUGUAUAUAUCCAGGGAAGGGAAUUUUACAAUUGGCUUGUAAUUCUGUUCAAAUUUACUUGACAAUUUAAGGGGAGGAGGAAAAGUGGAUGUUGGAGGAAGGCUCUCUGGGCCUGAUGUUGACCAUAUUACUCUCAUGACAUCUUCUUCAAGGCAAAUAAACACUGGUUUAAUUGAGCCAUUGAGAGUCUAAAUUGAUAAGAAUCAGUUAAGAAUUGAAUAUAGCUGUGGCGGCCGCCUUCAACUUGAAAGAAGCAGACUGUUUUACCUCAUACAUACCUCAUGUUGCCUUAAGACUCUUUCCUGGGAGUGUCUGCAUAACCACUAUUCUUGAUCUCCAGCUCUUCUGACUUGUGAACUGGACUGAACAGCAGGUUAAAUUAAUGCUUUUCAUAAGAUGGAAAGUCAAGUUUAGCAAACUGUUUGUUUCUGGCUGCUGGAAGUGAGAACCUGCUAUUUCAAACACCUUUGGAAACUGCUUCUUGUCUGGUUUCAGGCAUCCAAAUUAUCUUUAUGCAUUAAGCUUUUGGAGCGAGAAAUGAAUUUGAUUCUGCAGAACAACUAUCCCCUUGUUAUUAAGUAGAGGAUCUGGUGGAGUUUUAUAUUUUGACUGUGACCAGUAUGCUUUAAGAAACUUGUAUGUAGCUUUCUAAAAAAAUAAAUAAAUCUGUUUUACUUUUAUUUCAGAUUGUUGCCAGCAAAGGAGGCUUUGAAGUGGUCACUAAAGAAAAGAAAUGGUCUAAAGUUGCAAGUCGUCUUGGUUACUUACCAGGAAAGGCAACUGGCUCACUGCUGAAGUCACACUAUGAACGGAUCUUAUAUCCAUAUGAGCUUUUCCAGUCUGGUGUCAGCCUUAUGGUGAGAGAUGGCUUUGUUUGCAGGAGAGUAAUAUGAGAUACAGUAUGUUGCUUGUCUACUGUAUACUAACACAAGGUUUUGUGCUCUUGUGCAUUUGCCUCAUGGAAACAAGUUGCUUAUAUCACGAUCAAGAGAGAUGUAUUAUACUGUGAUCUGGUUUUGCGAUGGUAUCUACUUUGUUUAUGCUUGAGGUCAACCUUGAUAGGAUGAGGACUUGUUGGAAAAGAAUCAAACAUGGGAAGGAAUCUUUCCUUGGCUAGGCAGCAGCACUUGAGAAAUCGGUUUUAUUCAGUUUUCGUGGGUGACUCUGUCCAGAUGACAUUUGUAAUGCAGUGUGUCAUUGUUGGUAGCCCUUUCUCCCAGUAGUGCUGCUCAUCUUGAAAACCAGAGUCUGCCAUCCCAGAUCCAACCAACCUGGUGUCCUUCUGUGCUCUGAUUCUUUAGGGCAUCCAAAAGCAAAACUUGGACCUUAAGGAAAAAGUGGAGGUUGAGGACCUCGGCAUUGGUGCCCAGUCUCCCCCUAAGCAGGGUACAAGAGUGAACGUUGUGCUGAAGAGAACCAGACGUGUCAAGUCCCAGGUACCCAGAUCACUUGGCCACAGUAGACAGAGUGCUUUAGUCUUUGCACCAGUGCAGAUGCAUUGGAAAUGCAACAGCCUUUGUCCGGCCGUGGGGGCUCACUCAAAACUUCUCAUAAGGAAGCCAUCCUUUUAAAGAUCAAAAGUGAGCGUGCUAGAUAAAAACACUCACGUUGCGCUGGCCUCACUUAACGUUUCUCUCACUGAAUAAGCCAACUAUGUUAAGAGGAAAAAGACUUCUGUUCAUGCCAGCUUCUGAAUUUUAUCAGUUUGAGCUGGUGGCUAAGCUGAGGAGUUCCUUGGGUUUCAUUUGGACUGUGGCCUCGCCGUGUGGCCGUAGGCAAACCAUUAUCUCUUAACCUCAGCUCCCCACUUGCUGUCAUACAAAGGUGAUAAACUGGUCUACCUUACAGGAUUGUUUAUAAGAAUGAAUGAAAUGCUUGUUUUGAGUAUUUUUGAAAACUUAAAGUCCUGUAUAAAUGCUUAGUAUUGGUAUGUAUGAGGAGAUUGGCUGAUGCACACUAACACCAGCAGAACUAGUAGUUAUGUAGGAACUUGGGUUCAGUUAAUUUGUAGAUAACCUUCUUUUUGUGUGUUGUGGUGGCCGGAAGUCUUCAGAAUAGUCCUAACACUGAAGGGAAGAAAUUGCUUGUAGCAGUAAAGGCUUUCUAAGCACUGUCUACUUCUUCUGUUCAAAUUUCUCAGUAUUUCAGUUAAUAUAACCACUUUAUUUCAUGAAGGUUAAGAGUAUUUUUUUCCAGAACAUGUGAUGACACAAGCUACUUUUAAAGCCCAAUUCUUUUUUAACAGAGUGAAAUAAAUAUAUGAAAAAUUGUAACUAGCAUUGACAGCCUUUUUCUUUAAUUGUUAAACUCUGUGUAUGUUUAAAGUAAGUAUUCUUUAUGUUUUGAUUAAUUAAUUAAAAUAUUUAUUACCUGUUCUUCACUGAAGCAGCAAUCCUAAAGUGGGGAAUGUAAUAAGUUAAAAUACAGCAUAUAAAACAAAGCACAGUUAAAGUUUUCAUUACAUCAUUUAACACCUAAAAAAACAACUGCUACAAUUAUAAGUCACCAGCCAUAUGCAUCAGCAUUCGGCUGGUACCAAAAACUCUCAUAAGAGUGAUUGCUCACAGGGGAGGUGGCCAUAGCUCAGUUUAAAACAUAAAAACACUAAGUUGCAGAUACAUUUGAGGAUGAUAUAAAUGAUUAUGCAAAAGGAGAAUGAACAGGAAGGAGAGACACGUUCUGUACUUCAUUAAACAAAACAUUCUAGUAGCUUUUUGCUGGUUGGUCAGUUGGCUUUAAAGGAAAGUUAGCUUUUUGGUUAAUCCUCUAACAUUCGCAAGUAAGUAUGAAGUGACAAUUAUAGUUUAAUUUUUUAGGCUAAAUGAUGCUGAAAUAAUAAUUGAGGAGAUGGUUUCUUGACUGAACUUGGAAUAAUUUGAUGGGUUUUCUCUCUAUGCCUGCACUUGGUACAUUGUAGCUUGGCUAUGCAGGGUUCCCAGGUAUAUUUGGUAUGUCUGGUUUUUGCUUGCACUUUUCUACUUGCUCUGGUGCAGGUAUGGGAAUAGGGAGGGUUGUGCUAGCGCAGCAGAAAUAUUCCACAAAUAUCAAGUGUCCUAAGAGUAUCAAGUUAAUACAGGGGUGGAAGAACUGGAUGAAACCAGUAGGCCAUCCUUAUCUUCUUUGCUCCAUUCCCACAGGCCAAAUUUGACUGGUUAGUGGGACUGCUGACCUGCCAGUUACCUGGCAUCAUAAGGACAUUAGGUGACACAUUUUUGCCUUUGCUUUGCAAGUCUUGACAAUCAAUUACAUAUUUAUCUGUGGAUGUUGAGGCCAGAAUGGCCUCAGAGGCCAAAUAGGGGAGGCCUUGUGGAGCUUGUUAGGGUUACCGAAACAGUAAUUUAAAAAAAAUAUACUGUAUGUAGAAGGCACAUACAUUCAAAGUACGUUUUCUAUCUAGUCCUUAGUAGUUUUGUAAUCAUGGUUUUUGCAUAGAUAUAUAGUAUACAAAUCUCUUAAAGUUCAAAUGAAAUAACAUUAGUUAUGUGUUGAAGACUUCAAGUGUAGUCUAGUGUGAAAUUCUGAAAAAUAAAAAUGAAGAUGGGAAGGAGUCUGGACAGUCAAAACAUAAAUAUCUUAUUAAGACAUCCCUUUAAAAUUGAUUUUGGUUUAUAAGCCACAGUUAUCAGAAUUAAGUGUUUUGAUAGAAUAACUGAAUUGCAUUCCUGUAUGUCUAAUUUCAACUGUGAGCAUGAAAAACCCUCAGUAUUAAGUGAAAAAUAAAGGGCCACAGUAUAUCUAGCAUUUGUCAUACUCCACGUAGACUCAUUGAAAUUAAUGGCAUGACUAACUUGGCUCUAACUUGGAUACAAUACAAGUCAGAGUAGACCCACUGAAAUCGCUGAACUUGGUUCAUAUUGGUUGAUUUUUUUCAGUGUGUCUGCUCAGAGUAUGAUUUGGGUGGUAUCUGACUAUGCAACAAAUCCUAGGUUGAAUCCAGACUUAGUUGUGCUUAGAAUAGACCCAUUGAGCUCACUUGGGACUUGAGAGUUAUUACUAAUCUAAGUUCCAUUGACUUUGGUGAGUUUCCUCUAAGCAAAACAAAGUCUGGAUCCCCUAUGUGUUUUCUGCAAUCAAAACAUGGCGUAAAGUACUUCAAAUGCUUGAGUAAUACUACUACUGCUACUGUUGGUCUUGUUAACUGAGUGUGGAUAAUCACAUUUGGUUUCUUUUUCCCUUGAACUCUUUAAGAAGGUUUAAACAUAUUUAUUUUUGAGUCUUCCAAAGCAAUUCUCAUGGUUCAUCUUGUUUUGCUGCUGUUUUUUUGGAAUUGGAUAUGUAAAUUAGCUAGACCAUUCCCAGUAGUGUACUUUUGUGGAAUAGAGUGGCUUUCCCCAGACUCUGCUUAAAUGCUUCCCUCCGGACCAACAUUAAAAGUAUUCUUGAUCUUCUUUUUCAACUUCCCUGCUCUUAAUACAGUGUGGUUUGUAGCAAACCAUAUUUCUCCUGAAACAUGGAUAAAAUAUAUCUGGAUGCGGAUGGAAUAGGCCUGUUUUGGUUCUUUAGAUUGGCAGGACCAUUCUUACCAAUUUUGGAAACUCUAUGAAAUACUCAAAGCAGUUUAUUCUGUACUUAUAUUGGAAUCUUGGUACAGCUUUUUCAGUCCACAGCUUAGCAUACAACUGUUCAGAAAACAAAAACCCCAUUUUCAGAAACCUUACAGGGUUUCUACAAAAUCUCUCCACAUUGGGGCAGGUGCUACAAUUGUGCAUGUUCCAAAUGAGAUGCUUGCUCCCAAUAAGGUAAUUUGUGAUUCACCUAGCUAAAACACAAUUUUAGUGCCAGCAUAGCAUAACAAAGGCAUUCUUAAAUGUGACCAAGAACAAGCUUUCAUGGUCAUGCACACUCCAUCAUCUCUUCUGCUUAACUAUGGUUAAGAGAUAGGAAGGUGUGGCCUUAAAGACAAUCCCCUAUUAACCAGGGUUCAUUUCCAAAAUUUUGGUUAAGUGUUCCACUUCUUAAGCAAGCCAGAAAUCCUGAUUUAAGAAACCUUAAAGUAUGGAAUCUGCUUAGCCUUAAUUGCAAUAAAUGUUGGUGCCAGCAUAUCCCUGAACUGUGGUUGAGUAAGAAGGGAGGGUCUAGGGAGCGUGAGUUAAUGCUCUCCAUCGCCUGAUCACAGUUAAAAUGAAUGUACAGUGCUUUGUUAAUUUUGAGGUAAACAGUCAAUAUUGUUGAAGACAUUGCAAUUGCAAUUAGCAAUUGCUCAUCUACAAAUUAAACAAGAUAUCACGUAAAAUGAAGAAUCCUAAUGAAAUUUCUCUCACUUUCUCUCUUUUUAAAACUGCAUCUCACUUUCUACAUAUUGCCUUACGUUGUUUAGGCACUGCUGUGAUCUCCAUUCACUAAGAAUCAUUUCCCUUUUGAAUUUUAAACAACUUGACAGGAACAUGAAAGAUACUAUUUAGUGUUACAAAAUUUAAUUUGGAAAUGUGAAAAAAAUGAUGAUUUAGCCUGUUGAAAGAUAAAGCCUUUUCUGGAUUUCUGAGGAACAGCAGAUUGGACUGUUUUAAUAAACACUAGAAAUGUAGCAGAAGAUGCAUGAUGGUUAUAGAUAAAUGUUGCAUGUGUCAAAAAUCGAGACACGUACUGGAGAGCAUCUAAGCCUGCAAGACUCCAUCUCAUUAACAAAGACAUAUACUUAGUUGUAUAUUCUAAUAGUAUUUAUUUCCUAUAAUUUAUAUACCACUUGAUUUUUUAAAAACUCAAAGCGGAUUGAAUAUGUAUAAUGAACUCUUAUUCUUGUUCCUUAUUGUCGGAACUGUCCUUUAAUAACUAAUGUGAUAGAUUUUUAUUCUUCAUUACAAAACAAUUUAAAAAGUGCAUUAGCAGAUGGUGUCAGUUAGUAGAAAUGGGAUAGUAAAUAUGAUCUAAUUUUAAUUUUCUUCCUGCUUUUGACAUUUUGCAGCUGGGUGCCAUUCCAAGCAAGGUAAAUUGUAUUGUUUAUCUGAAAUUUGUUACCCAUGAUGAUGGUAGAGAUAAAAGCCACACUAUCUUCCAAAGUAUCUGCUCUUGGCAGUGACUGUGCAAAGACCAAUGUCUGUGGAGUAGGAGUUUGCUCCAGCCCCAUAACUCCUCUGGUCAUCUACUGUGAGAGCUAUUACAUUCUGUGUAAAUAUUAAUGGUAAGUUGAUGUGAUCUUGUUUUCAGGCAGAGGCAGGCGAGAUGAGUAGAAACACUGAACUGAAGAAGCUCCAGAUCUUUGGAGCAGGACCAAAGAUGAUGGGAUUAGCUUUGGGAGCAAAAGAAAAAGAAGGUAAGCAGCAGCUUUGAGCCACUGCAAUUAAAGCGGAGCGAGGCUAUUAUUUUAUUUUAUUUUAUUUUAUUUAUUUUAUUUUAUUUUAUUUUAUUUUAUUUUAUAUAUUUCUAUGACCAUCCUUCAUCUGAGGAUCACAGGUAUGUUAACUUCUUCAACAUAGAGUUUUGAGCCUCGUGGUUCAUCAUUUAGCUGCUGGUGCAAGGUGGUGACAUGAGCAUUUCCAAAAAUUGUAUAGCAGCUGCAUGCCCACUCCAUUGAGAACCUUUGGUAAGUUCCAGAUGCAACAGAGUUUUAUAUAUUUGUUAAAACUGGCACUACUAGAAGCCAGCACGAAAUAAACUACUGUGGUACUUAGCUGAAACCUUGAGGGAACUUGGUGCCUUGCAAAUAAUCAAACAUGAUAUAGUUUAAAGAUCUCACGUGUCACUGUGAUUCCUAGUUAAGUUUAUGGGGGAAAGGAUUUCAAUGAAGGUGAGCCUUCUAACCUGCUAAUGUGCGUAUUGUGGAUAUGCUGCUUAUGAGCUAGUGAGAUGCAGGCCAGAUGGAUCUUCCAUAUUUGCAUGCCUGAGCAGUGUUCCCCCCUUUUAAAAAAAGGGGUGUUAGGAAUAUAUUUACCGUAUUUUUUGCUCUAUAAGACUCACUUUUUCCCUCCUAAAAAGUAAGGGGACAUGUGUGUGCGUCUUAUGGAGCGAAUGCAGGCUGCGCAGUUAUCACAGAAGCCAGAACAGCAAGAGGGAUUGCUGCUUUCACUGCACAGCGAUCCCUCUUGCUGUUCUGGCUUCUGAGAUUCAGAAUAUUUUUUUUCUUGUUUUCCUCCUCCAAAAACUAGGUGCGUCUUGUGGUCCGGUGCGUCUUAUAGAGCGAAAAAUACGGUAUAUGCUUUCAUCUGGUAAAAUUUGUGAUGUGAACAUUCCAGUUUUGAAUAGGUUGUAACUGGGAACUUUGGAAUGAAGGUUGUGAAGGUAAGAGUAGAAUGUGUGGUGGAGUUGAUAGGACUAGUGGCCUUGAAGAGGUGACCCAAGUCUCAGGAAUCAUAUCAACGUCCUUCUGGUUUCCAUUCCUUUGGUACAGAUUGCUCACAGGCUUUAAAGUUCUGCUUUACAGCUAUCGUGAUAAAUUUUGUUCACCUUAAACACAAAAGGUUUGGGCUCUUAAGAUGCUACCAAGUUGCCCGAUUCCAUAGAGGAAACAUUCUGUGGCUAGUUGUGCCAUUGCAACCCAGUUAAGUGAUGACUCCUUUGUUUACUGCUAAGCAUGCUUCGCUUGCUGCUCCAUUCAGGACACCAGACUGACCCUGUGAAAUCUUUGCAGAAAAUAUAACUAGUACAACAUUCUCUCUCUAGAUGAAGUACCUCGAAGGCGGAAAGGUACUAGGUCGGAGGCUUUCGGCAUGCAGAUGAGGCAGCGGAAAGGGGCCCUUUCUGUCAACUUCGUAAGUUUGCUCUUGAGCAUCUGAUAUGUUGCUUCUUACCUGGCUAGGGGAAAUGAUGAAUGAGGGGAUAAGGAAGCAAAACACCUUCAUUUUAUUAAAAUUGCUGGUAGUGCUGUAGUUUGGUUGAGAACAACUUCUAAUCCAGUCUGUAGUUGCAGAGGUCUAAUUCUUCUUCAGGCUACAGUUUGGAACUGUUUGCAUUAACCUCAUGAGAGAGGUCUACAAGAUGAGGAAUUUGAAAUUUCAAGGCGUUCUCUGUUUGAUCACAGCUAACAUCUUGGAUACUUGUUACCAAAUAGUACUUCUACUAGUUUUUGAGACUAUGCAAUGUUAUUCAGUCUCUUCCUGGCUUUAUGCAUUGUCUUUAAGCAAGACUGCUUGCAGUUGCCUAUGCAGAGAAAAUCUGUGCUAACUGGAGAGCUGCCAGAUCAUCAUUAUUGUGUCUAUGCAUCUCAUGGAAGAAGCAUGUGUACAAUGAGUGUUUAAAAACAAGCUCCCUCCAGAUUUUGUUUUGGUUUCAGAGUAACCUUGAUGCAUUCCAAGUGUUCCAAUAGCAGAAUGUGAGAAAUUUGGGUCAAUUAAUGAGUCUUAAUUAUGUGACAUCUCUAACAUGCGUUAAUUAGUAUUAGGGAGAUGAUAUCGCUGAAUUUUACAUAACUUUACAUACUACACAACUGAGGAUUAUAUUUAAUGAGAGAAUAGAUGGUUUUUAGGGGGGAAAUGCAAAAAAGGUGCCUGGCUAUAAUCAGUGAGCCCAGGAAUAAUAUUGGGUUGUGUAUAGUAGUAUUAACCACUGAAUUUUGUUAUUGGUAAGUCAUACGUUAAUUUGCUUUUGUUAACUGUAGUUUGAAAAUGCAGCAAAAAAAUAAGCAUAAAGAUGAAUUCCUCAACCAGGGAUUCCCCAUGCUGGCCAGUGCCUGGCAAAUGCUAUUCCAACCCUGUAAAGAGCCCGUGGCUUCCUUGGAUGAUGAUUGACAUCUUUCCUCUUUCCAGUGGAGGCUUAUUUAGAAUCUCCUUGCGGAGGCCACUGCAUGCAGCUACAUUAGAUGUAAUGAAGGAUUGGGGUAGGUUUGUCUUAUGCAUAGAAGACAUGAAACUCAAGAUGCUGUUUCCUGUAUAGGUUGACCUAUAUGUCUGUCUGUUCUGUGGCCGGGGCAACAACGAGGACAAAUUGUUGCUGUGUGAUGGAUGUGACGACAGCUACCACACUUUUUGCCUGAUACCCCCUUUGCCUGAUGUGCCCAAAGGUGACUGGAGAUGCCCUAAAUGCGUUGCUGAGGUACUUUGUUUUUGUUUUUGGCGUAUUUGAAACAUUGAGGCCACAAAACGCUAGUGGUUCGACUAAGAGGAUAGGAUUUCUGUGUCAUUUUCGUUGCAUAGAAGAGGAAAUUUUGGAAAUUGUAGCUUGGCAUGUGAGCUACACUUGCUGAAAUACCUUCCCUCUUCAAUUCAACUAGUUGAGAUUCAGGAAUCCUGUCUUCUUUUUCUAGCUACCCAAGGUUUACCCCUUCUGAGGAAUUUUGUCCAGGAGACAAGGCUUCUUCGUUAACAGUAGGAAAAUGCGUCUGUUUUGAAGUUUGUAGUAGCUACAGUCAAUUGUGGCUUGCUGAGACAUGGGCAGCUGUCAUAUGUGAUCUUUCAUGAUUCUUCCUAUCUGAAAGGCGUUUCUGUGUAGGGACUUGAUGAUAUUUGGAAAGGCCCUAAGUCCAGAAAACAGCUGAACAAGCAGAGUUCUUGCUUGUACAGCUGAGUUAGACACAGAUUACUAUGGAAAAGUGGAACCUGCUUUCAAAUGGUCCUGCUCCAGAUGUUUGUCACAUUCCAGGUUCUCUGAUGAGCUGUGUACAGCUUGCUGUGCUCUCUUCCUUGUCUUUCUCUCCCCAACAGCAGUGUACUGCAAAAGGCGCAGAUACUCAGUAUUUUGGGAAGCAAGUCCACUUGUCCACCAACACUGCUGCGUGCGCUCAUUGGCCUAAGUCAACUUACCUCGAGAGAUAAAAAAAUGAAAGCUUAAUAUUUUUUUAAUUUAGUUAAAUGAAGGAACUUCAUUCCAUUUUUGCAGGAUGCUCUGAUUAAACUGCUUUCUGUGAUGCCGAAUAACACUUUUCCUCUUUUCUAGGAAUGUAACAAACCACGUGAGGCCUUUGGGUUUGAACAGGCUGUUCGAGAGUACACCCUUCAGAGCUUUGGUGAGAUGGCAGAUAACUUCAAGUCUGAUUACUUCAACAUGCCAGUCCAUGUAAGUAUGUAAUAUAUGUUGCAGUCAAAGUGUUCUCACUAGUAGUCGGAAAACCUAUAGGCAGUUCAGAUUUGCCCACACAGCGUUGCUAUUUAACUAUUUUAUAGGGUUUUUUAAAAUUUCUUUUUAUUUUGUUGUUGUUGCAGAAUUUAGAAUUUAGAAUUCUGUCCUCUUCUGUAGAGAUCUCAGGGAUUGGGUUCAUGGGACAAAAAUGAGGAAAUGUGUCUUUAGAGGCCAGAGAGCCCCAAUGGAGUCCUUUUUCCUUCUCUACAUCCAUGGUAAAAACCUUGCAUUUCAAAAUGAAAGGAAAAUGGAUGCAGUUCAGGUGCCAAGUUCUUUAAUGUCCAGUUGGGCUUUUAUUCUGGCAGCAUUAGGAGUUGGAUUUUGUCUUCAGUUUUGGAAAAAUGUUUUCAGGUAUUUUUAUAAACAUUCCAUAGCAAGGUUGUUGUUUACUGACAAGGCCACUGACCCAUCUAAGCCAGAGAUGACCUUCUAUAACUGUCAGUGGUUCUCCUCAGGUCCCCAGACAGAAUUCUUUCCCAGUCCUGUUGCUUCUCUAGGUAUGUGGGGCUUCCAACAUGCAAAGCAUGUUUAGUAGUACUAAACUACCAUAUUUACUCGAACGUAAUGCACACUUUUUUGGCCAAAUGACGUUGCGAAAAUUAUGGUGUGCAUUAUUUGAUGGCACAUUAGAUUUGAUUGCAAGCUUGAAAAACACCUUUGACAAAGCAAAUACUUUUUUUGGUUUCAUGUUUUUGCUAAUUGAGGUGUGUGUUAGAUUCAGUGGUGCAUUAGAUUUGCGUAAAUAGAGUAUGUCCUUUCUUCUGUCCUCCGCCACUCCUGGCUAUUUUUAUGAAUUGGCUUUAGUUGCUAGAAAAAUGUUAGAUCGUAAAAGGGAUUACGAAUCCUAAUCAUGAUUGAUCUUUCCUUAUGUUGAUGUCAUCAAUUAUUUAAAUUCAGAUCCAACAAGAAUGUUACAGAAAUUUGGAGUUGGACACCCAUACAAAAAUUAUCUGUAAUGCCCACCUAUCUUUCUGUUUGCUAUGAACCCUUGAUCUAUGGUGAAAAAAGUAGCAGUAGCGCUCUGUUGCUGCAAGAAAACAAGCACAGUGAUUGAUUCUCUCUGGUUGGUUUCUUCUAGAUGUAGAAUUUUAGCAGAGUAGCAGCCUUUGUUAUAAUUCACAACCUAGCCCUGAGUGCUUGUGUGGGUACUUUCUUUCUCUCUCUCUCUAACAUGCAUACCCUUGCUUCCCUAGUGGGAAGAAGGGGAGCAUUCAAGUGUGAUUCCUCCCACUUUCACUGCACCCGCAUAAGGCAGGUGUGGGGACACCCUGGCACUCCAGAUGUUGUUGGAGUACAAUUUCCAUUUCCCCUGUGCUUUGGCCGUGCUGGUUAGGGAAAAUUGAAGUCCAGUAUUUCCCGGAACACUGCAAGUUCCUCAGCUCUGGUCUAGAGAGAAAAACAGCUUUAAAUGUGGGUUUGGGAAAGAUUGAACACCAGUGAGGCAGUAAGUGCUGCUCCAUGCCAUUUACAUGUAACUUGCUAGUUUUAAAGCUCUUCCCUCUGUGCUUUCAGAUGGUUCCCACUGAGUUGGUGGAGAAGGAGUUCUGGCGACUUGUGAGCAGCAUUGAGGAGGAUGUAAUUGUGGAGUAUGGAGCCGACAUUUCAUCCAAGGACUUUGGAAGUGGUUUCCCUAUAAAGGAUGGCAGGCGAAAGCUGAUGCCGGAAGAGGAGGUGUGGCUAGGAUACACAAUCUGCAUGCACUUUAGAAAGCUGACUCUACAUGUUAUUAGGAUUAAUGUAUUUGGGGGUAUUUCAGUUUUGAGAGGCAACAGUUUUAACAUACAGUUAACAUUCUUUCUGAUAUAUCUUGGCCCCAACUAGCAUUGUGGACGGAAAGCUUGGGGCCAGGCCACUGCGCUGAUUUAGCUCAGCAGGCUGACAGUGGUGCCGAACAGAUCUUUGCACCCUCUCAUUCUUGCCAUGCGAGCAAUGCUGCCCCUGCUCCUUAUGGGGCCCUAUAGGUGGCCCUAUGGUGUCACUGAGUGCUGUGGAGUUCUUAGUCCAAAUGUGUGUGUGUGUUGCCGUAUGAAUGACUUCAUCCCUUAUGUAUGCAUGUUGGAUGCAGUAUUGCUAGCAUGGAGGCACCAGCCAGUACGUGUGUGCCAGGAGUGCUUCCACCAUCUGAUGAAUGGUGAGGAUGGGUGGGAUGUUAGGCAACUUACUUAGAGCCCUCCAACACUUUUAUUGUUACUGGUUUAGCAACAAGUUGUAGAGGGAUAAAUGACACCUUUCACUGACUCCUUUUGUAGCAAUGCCACUAGAAGUGGUAAUUGGUGUUGUAAAGAAGCAGAAGGGGAGUGUUUAAACUUUUCCUGCUAGAUGAAACUCCCUUAGCUGUUUUUUUAAACUUUCCUCUUCAGAGGGGGAGCAUCUUACUGCAUACAGUCGCAGUGGGUCUUGCUGUCAGUGCCAAUUGAACCCUGCUUGCAAAGGAGCAAUUGGAAGUUCCCAACUGUUGUCACGUAGCUAAGGCCUUGUCUUCCCCACACCUGGUGUCACAUAUGCCCCCAAAUGUGGGGCAGGUGGAUGUGGUUUGGGGAAAUGGUGUCAUGGGCCAAAUUGUGGCCUGUGCCCAUUCGAAUUAGGUCCAUGGGCUAGAGUUUCUUCACCCCUGCUGUAAGUGAAGGUUGGGCUGACCUGUGUAAGGGAUGGAGGUCAGGUUUGCCAUCAGUACAGCCUCCCCACCCCAUCCAGCCUCCCUGCCAAACCCCAGGGUUCAAGCGAUGGGUGAAGCACCUGCAGAACCUUAUUUACUGCCUGAAUGUGGCAGAGGAUUAUAACCAGUCUAGGAGGAGAGUGUAAAGAACUGGCUCUUGUCCUAUGUUAGGGUAUAUUAAUGGUGUUCUGGCCGGUUCCUUUACAAACUCGUCUUUGUUCUUUUGGCAGGAGUAUGCCCUUUCUGGUUGGAACCUCAACAACAUGCCAGUCCUGGAACAAUCUGUUCUUGCUCACAUCAAUGCUGAUAUUUCUGGCAUGAAGGUGCCCUGGCUUUAUGUGGGAAUGUGCUUCUCUUCUUUCUGCUGGCACAUUGAGGAUCACUGGAGUUAUUCCAUCAACUACCUUCACUGGUAUGGACCCCUGCCACAUUGGGUGGGUGGGUGUGCAUGCCCAGGUAGUGUCACCCUUAUUUGCCCAGGGUUAAUCUUUUUUAGAAUGUUACACAAGUUCUCUGCUCAAGGGAGAAGAGCAUUGAAUACAAUAAUGAGUGUCCAGUAAGGGGCAAAGUAAGGGACGCGGGUGGCGCUGUGGUCUAAACCACAGAGCCUAGGGCUUGCCGAUUGGAAUGUUGGCAGUUUGUAUCCCCGAGAUGGGUUGAGCUCCCAUUGUUCAGUCCCAGCUCCUGCCCACCUAGCAGUUCAAAAGCACAUCAAAUGCAAGUAGAUAAAUAGGUACUUCUCCAGCGGGAAGGCAAACGGCGUUUCUGUGCUCUGCUCUGGUGUGCCAGAAGCGGUUUAGUCAUGCUGGCCACAUGACCCGGAAGCUGUCUGCAGACAAACACCGGCUCCCUCAGCCUAUAGAGCGAGAUGAUUGCGCAACCCCAGAGUCGUUUGCGACUGGACCUUAUGGUCAGGGGUACCUUUACCUUUUUCUUUAAGAAUAAUUUUUUAUUAACCGACCAAUCACAUCAAAUCAAACCAAAUUACAUAAAUUCCAAAUUACACAGCCGAAUUUUAAAUUUUUGUUGGGGGUACCCAUAUUUCAAGUUCCGAAGGGGAUCCAAUCAACUUCUUGCUUCUUACUGCUGUUUUAAUGUCCACAAAUCUAACCUUAUGAUGUUCACAGUACUAUCCAGUCCUUUCUUAUUGUUUUUCCACAUCUCUUGUUGUUAUUUUCAUAUAUUUUUCCUUUCUCUUUGUGACCUCUGAUAGUCUCCACAAGCUGGUUAGAACAGUUUGUAAUCCUGCGUGGAUAUUAUUUUUUUUUAUCCAGUAGCCAUAUCCAGACGUUUUCCAUAUAACAUCACUUCCAUACAUCAAAACAGUCUUAGCGUCAUUAAUCUUCACCAAUCUGCCUCCUUUCUCAAAACCUCUGAGGAGAUUCACUAGGAAUGCAGUCUGAAAACAAGUCCGUUCUUCCUCCCGGCUAUAAAUCCUUUGGCAAGAUGGCGACUCCGAAUUAAUUGCUGCGCCAUUCCCAAAAGCUCUUAUUGCUUCUCGGUCUCCAUAAAGCAUACUUUUGGUUAAAGUUUAUCUCCACACAGACCUUAAUCAUCCUGCUUGGGUCAGUUCAACCGACGAUUCUAAUGAGGAGGGGUUCUUGUAAAUCACAUAGAAGGAAAGUAAAAAAGGUUCCCCCCAUUCAGUCCCGUUGUCAACAUACCCAGCCUUUGGUGUAUCUUCAUCGUAAAAUAUUCCUGUUUCUCCAACCCGUCGUCUUCUUUCGCAGAGGUCACUUAAAUUAGCAGACUUCACUCCCCUUCUUCACUUGAAAUAUGUGCAUUUGCUUCUUUUGUAAUUAAUUAUUCCAAAUUGCUGCAACUAGUGCGCGAUCAGAGACAGCGUCCAGGAGAGCCGAGGUCCACACGGGGGCAUUCUGCCUAGGGCCCUCACCCCCUUCUUUCGAAUUAGGGGGUGAUUUAUGGGCACAGCAGGCAAGGGCAGUGUUCCCCAUUUCCUUGGGGCAACAAGGGAGGCUGCCUACUCCCAUAACAGCCUCUUAAUUACCCCGUGUGGGUCGGAGAGAUGGUAUUGUCGGCCAUCUUCCAAUGCGCCCCCUAGUGGCCCCCCGGGGUACCUUUACCUUUAAGGGGCAAAGACAGUUAUUAAUGAGAGAAGUUGGUAUAUGUCUAAGUUGCAAAACACUCCAAAUAUGUGGGGUGGGCCAGAGUAAUGUCUGUGAACCUCUUCAGUCAAUUUCUGAACAAUCUUAUGUUUCCCUGCAAUUGCUCAGCAUCCUCCUUGUUUUGUGUAUUACCUGAAGACCAGGCUUAUAAAUAAGUAGCUCAUCCUUGACUUGAAUCAUCUUGUUUUCCAGUUCAGUUUAUUCUUGGCAAACUUCUACUGCUUCUAGAAGACUGGGCCUAUUUGUAGAUUAGGGUUGGAAAAUACGCCUCAUGCUAGAAUGUGCUUUCUUUGUGGUAAUGGAUGAUAUGUUUUGCUAGGGGAGAGCCAAAGACGUGGUAUGGAGUGCCCUCCCAUGCAGCAGAACAGCUGGAGGAAGUAAUGCGAGAGCUUGCUCCGGAACUAUUUGAGAAUCAACCUGACCUUCUGCACCAGCUAGUAACCAUCAUGAACCCCAAUGUGCUAAUGGAGCAUGGUGUGCCUGUAAGUUCGGCAGAACCUUUACCUGCCUAUAGGUUACUUGUCUUGUGUCACACAGAAUGACUUGGAAUAGCAUUUUAAACACUCUGUAGAUUCAUUUCAAUCCAGCUUCAGGCCUGAUUAUGGAACUGAGAUUGCUUUGGUAGGUCUGAAAAACCUGUGCCAGGAACUGGACUGUGAAGGUUUCCCAGUGGAAUCUUAAGUAGCUUUCAACACCAUCAACCCCGACAUCCUUCUAGCUACUGUGUAUAGAUUGUGUUCUAAACGCUUUUAACCCUUAUCUAGGCAACUAGUGAUUUCACUUGUAGAUAGUGGAAAGAUGCUCCUUUGGCGAUAUGCCCUAAGAGCCUUAUGUAAAAAGAUUGAGGUUUAAAAACCAGUUUCUUUGCAGCCUGCAUCAGUUGGUAGAUUCUAUGAAGUGGUUGAGAAGGGAAAAGGUGAUAGCAUAGUUCAUGCAUGAAUUAGUAGUUACUACCAGCCAUGUUAAUCUCCGUUUCUGAAAGAUGAAUAUGAUAAUGAUCCUUUCUUUCCAAAAUCUCUCACUUCUCACUGUCUCUAGGUGUACCGGACCAAUCAGUGUGCUGGCGAGUUUGUUGUGACUUUUCCACGUGCCUAUCACUCUGGAUUUAAUCAAGGAUACAAUUUUGCUGAAGCUGUGAACUUCUGCACUGCUGACUGGGUCUGUAUACAUCUGGCAUAACCUAGCUUUUCUCUUAUCUGGGCACUGUCUGGUGCUAUAUAUUAAAAGGCAUCAAAGUAAUACCCAUCUGAAAAGGAUUAUUGUUUUGGUUACAGCUCAAGGUGCAUUGGGCAAAAUACAGUUGUGGCUAUUUAGCUUUUUGCUGGUAAGGUUUGGCAGCUCUCCAAUUUGCUUCUUGCCAUUAGUAUGGAUCAAACAAAUUACUAUAAUAACCCUAUGGUGGUUUGGUAUCUAAAUACUAAUAUGCUGUUUACAUUAGACAGGCAUGUAUUAAGACACCUCGUUAAAACUUUAUUAAACCAGCAUAUCCAUAUACAUUGCUUAAGGUUUGCUUUUAAAUUUUCUCAUAUUGUCUGUGUAUUUUUUUUGAUUGAGCAAAAGACACAACACUAUUGUUAUCUCUGUGUCCACUCGUAUAAGCCCCUUGAAUAAUUUAUGCAUAUCAUACUGUAUUACACCAUGCUAUGAUGAUAAGUUACAUAAGGCUGAAUGGUCAAAAUACCUUGCAUCAAACCAAUUUUAAGCACAACACUUGUUGCAGUCCAAAGCCUGGGUAUUUUAUCUAGCUUAGAUGCAAGCUGAAACCUUGCAGAAUUUCCAGAGGCUGUGACAUGCUCUGUGUUGUAGUCGUCUUUUUGGAAAGUAAAUCUCAAAUAUUGGGGAAAUUGAAACUUGUUCAGUACAGUCAUACCUCCGGUUAUAGCCACGUCAGGUUGCGUUUUUUCAGGUUGUGGACCGCCGAAACCUGGAAGUACUGGAACGGGUUACUUCCGGAUUUCGGCGGUUGCGCAUGCGCAGAAGUGCUAAAUUGCGCUUUGCGCAUGCACAGAAGCGCCGAAUCGCAACCCACGCAUCCCGCACAGAUCACGUUCGCAACCUAGAGCGUCCACUGUACUGACUUACAAAGUCAAACCUUUAUUCACCACUCUGAAGAACAUGAAAUGGAUAUACUAUAUAUUUUGGAAAGUCCUUUUGUCUGUUUGCUCUGCAUUUGGACACCUUUUUUAAUAGAACCAGAGCUUGAAAAUUAAAAUUGGUAUAAUGCAAUGUUGCAAUAUAAUGCAAAGUUGAUCAUUCUGAAAGAACCUUUGUAUUUUCUACUUUUUUCAUAUUCAAGUGAGGCAAAAUUUCCUUUUUUUGGACAUCUGAUCUUUAAGGUUGCCUCACUUGUUUUUUUGCUGAAAUAAUUACUUUUGGCAGGGGACUAGGUGAUAUACUUCAAGACUUGCAGUGUAAGUCUAAAUCUUACUCUGUUACAAUGUUGACAUCUUCCUCUGUUAAAAUGUGUUGGCUCUUGCAGGUUCUUUGGUUUCUCAGAUAUUAUGAGGAGAUGGUAUCCCCUUGAGAGACUUUCAAGUCUCACUCCUCUUGUUUUUUGCUUCUCAUCCCCAUUGCUGUUUAUCUUUUUUUGUCCCCAGCUAAUUAUGUGGUUGGCUUGGAGUUUCUGGGGGAGAGGCUGAUUUCAGACAGGCUAUUUGAGACUCCUUUGGCUUCAUGUGAAAUGAAGCCCUUGGGUUCCAGACCUCACACAAGCAAUUCCCUCAUAUCCCCUCCCCCCCAAGUUGACUCCAAAGAGCUUGGCUUACCCAAGGCCCCUGGAGACCCUACUCCUGGAUAGUGUGACACACUUAAUGCUCAUAAUAAUUGCCUAUAUCAUUUAAUGAUACCAUUUUAACGUGUUUUUCUCAUGAACUCCAGUAUGGAAGCCCAAGAUGAGCUGGGGAUAGUUCUAAACCAGAUAUCUCACUUCUUGCAUUUCUAGCUUCCAAUAGGUCGGCAGUGUGUCAGCCAUUAUCGGCGACUGAGGCGUCACUGUGUGUUUUCUCACGAGGAACUAAUUUUCAAGAUGGCUGCCGACCCAGAGUGCUUGGAUGUGGGGCUGGCUGCCAUGGUCUGCAAAGAAAUGACUCUCAUGACAGAAGAUGAGGCACGUUUAAGGGAGGCUGUCAUACAGAUGGUGAGUUCAGGGAAGCUCUGCUUUCAUGCCCUUUUGGACUGAACAAAGAGAUUGUGUGAGGCCUUGGAAACAAAAGGUCUUCCCCUGACCAGUAUCUUUGUUAGAUGUCACUUUUUCUUUGCAUUAGGGAGUUCUGAUGUCAGAGGAGGAAGUGUUUGAGCUGGUUCCAGAUGAUGAGCGUCAGUGUGCAGCUUGUAGGACCACCUGUUUCCUGUCUGCUCUUACGUGUUCCUGUAACCCUGAACGACUUGUAUGCCUAUAUCAUCCAAAUGAUUUGUGUUCAUGCUCUAUGCAGAAGAAAUGUUUAAGGUACCAUCUUCCCAGUCCAUCCUGCUUCCUUUUGUAUACUGUCUUAUUUCCUGCCUCUAAACUAGGAUCAAUGUUUACAGUAAUAAUGUUCCCUCUUAUUCAAAGAUCCAGUGCAUAGUAGUCUGACAAAUACAUAAUGUUAUUAUCAUCUUCCCCAUUUUUUUUUUUGCUUCUGCUCACUUGAAAGUUGCAGUACAUUUGAAAGUUCUUCCUCCUUGUUUAUCUCCAGAUACCGGUAUCCACUAGAGGACUUCCCUUCCUUGUUGUACGGAGUGAAAGUCAGAGCACAGUCCUAUGAUACAUGGGUCAGCAGGGUCACAGAUGCACUGUCGGCCAACCUCAACCACAAGAAAGGUUAGAUGCAGUUUUGUUUCCUAUUGGAAUCUGUUAAGGAAGAUUUUCAAUUGGUUGGAAACACAAAUGGGAGAUGGACUUGAGCAAAACCAAAUCCUAAAACAAUAUAUAAAGUUCAGGGAAAGCUAUACAAAAUACUUCACUAAGACAUGUAAACCUGUAUUUAAAACCAAAAAUACUAAAAUGUUCAACAUAGAACUGAAUUAAGGCAGCAAAUGAUUUAACACAGUGAGCUCCAGAGAGCCAACGUGGCAUAGCAAUUAAGCAUGUUGGACUAGGAUCAGUUUGAAAUCCCCACUCAGCCAUGAAGCUCACUGGACCAGCCACACACUUUCAGCCAAAUCUGCCUCAUUUCUGGGGAAGAUACAAAAUGGGGGCAAGUGAAGAACCAUGUACACUAAAACAUACUUUGGAAGCGUCCCUGAGCUCAGAGGAACAGCUUGUAAUGUGACACAAAGAAGGGCUACAGGGUUUCUACACUGUGGCUCUAUGUCCUGCAGAGAGGGAAUAGUUUUCUUGCCUUCAAAAUAAGAUUGAGACAGUAUGCAUUUGACCCGAGCAAGCUUACAUGACCCAAACAAGCUUAUAUGACAUUCCAGCUGGGAAUGUCACUUCUUGUGUCGUCUGAAAUACUUGUUCCCUUUAGUACUGCAUGCUUGACUUCCUGUUUCAUUAAAUAUAUAUUUGGACCAGUUGCCCAGAAGCAGCCAAUCAGCUGCUGCUCAUUUAUCAAGCAGCAAAUGCUUUCAACAUUAGAUCAUGCGGGACAUACAUUUGCAGCAAGGGAUGGCUAAUUCAGAAUUAAAUUUGUAGUUUGACUCUUAAAAACAACAGAUGGCUAUCGCCCUGGAAACUUCUGUUCUUGAGAAGGUUUAAUACUUAACAUUGAUUCCAUGUAGCAAGGUGAUGGGUGUGUUACACAAUGUGUGCAGGAUAUCUGAUACCAAGCUAGUGUGCUCAUCCUUGUGAGACAUUCUUCUGCUUAAAGUGCCAAUAUGGCAAGAUAGUCAAGGUUAAUUAGUUAGUGGAAGUAUUGGAUUGCCAGCCUGCCUUUCAGACAAUUUUUUUGCAGAAAUGAGGCUAAAAUACUGCCAUGAAUUGAGGCAUCUUGACUAAAGUGAGGAGCAAAUACUUUCUUGAUGUAGGAAAUAGCUCAUAACGAAUGGAUAGCUAUGCAUAUGAUAACUUGAAUGUGUUCAGUCUACUGUUCUUGGGGACUUUGUGGUUGGGUGUGGGGAGUAGUUUGCUGUGCUUGUGUAUAUGUGCAAAUGGCCUCUUGGCUAAUUUCUUGCAGAUGUGAUUGAGCUGAGAGUGAUGUUGGAGGAUGCUGAAGACAGGAAAUACCCAGAGAAUGACCUCUUCCGCAAGCUAAGAGAUGCUGUAAAAGAGGCAGAGACUUGUGCUUCAGUGGCCCAACUGCUUCUGAGCAAAAAACAAAAGCACAGGUAUGACCAGGGAAGGUGGAGGUAGAUUUUUGGCGUAACUGUAUAAAUCAGCAACCCAAAAACGCUUAUUCUACUGUCAAAAUAAAUUGUGCAUGCUUUGCCAGAAUUGACACUUUUCAAAUGGAAUAUAUUACGUUUGGUGGUUGGUUGGGGGGAUGUGCCAAAGACAGUUUGGUCGUGAAGGGGGGAGAAAUUGGAAAGUGUUUAGAGAAGUCAAAUCAGAAGGAUUCUACCCCCUAGAGAAUGCAUGUAGAAAACUUUUGCAAUGAUGAGAGAAUUAGGGAACUGGUGAAACAUUUCAGAUUGGAAAUAAUGUGUUCAAAAAUGACCAAACUGGUGUUGAUCAUAUUUUGCUCACGCUGAAGGAAUUUUGCUGCUUCUGGGUGCAACUAGAAAGACCUAAUUAAUAUUUACAUGGGUAUCCUGAAGGACUCCUUUCUCCUCCAUGUGAACUUGCAUGUUAAUAAAAAUCACUGAUGGAGGACCUCCUCUGGUUACUUCACCUUCAAAAGUUAGGUUGAUGGUGACAGCAUUGAGCAAUGUUGUCCCUAAAUAUUUGUGCUUGUUGUGAGGUGAAAAUUGGUGGAGAUUUUUGCAAGCUUUAACUCUGUAUUUUUACAUGAAAAUCUACACUACUAUUAAUUUUGAUAAAAUAUUGGGCUGUACAGCUUUUAAAUUAUUACAUAAUUAACAUCUGAACUCUAUUUUUCAGAGUAUGUGAUGGUAAGGCCUCAAACUCCCCUACAGCCUCUAUUUUAUGUAACAGAUUUGUUUACGUGACCAGAGGAAAUUUACUAUGUGUUGCUGUUGUUAAUUUAUUAAUCACAUUUGCCUUUGUCUCAAUGGUUUCAAGACGAUGUGCAAUAAAAGAGUAAACAGUUAAACACAAAACACCCAAUACAUUUAAAACAAAACUAAAAUGAUACAAAAUAGACACUCAAGGCAAUGACUUAUUUAUCCAGCUGGGAAAGCCUGUUGGAACAACAGCAACAAAAAAAGUUGCUAAAAAGUGCAGAUAGUGACACCUGUUGCAUCUUGACAGGAAUGCUGUUCCACAGAAUGGGCAGCCACUAAAAGCCCUGCUCCAAAUUACUGCGGAGCGAGCUUCUGAGUUCUUUGGAAUUUGCAGAGAAACUUCCCCAGAGAACAACUGGUCCUAGUCUGUAUAGGGCAUUACAUGCUAGUACCAACACCUUGAACUUGGCCCAUUUGUUGACUCUGUUGCCCUCCAGGAACUGUGUAUGUGAUUUACAAGGUUCUUUUCUUUCCCCAUAGUAGACUGACCCCAGAGAGCGGAAGGACACGGACCAAGCUGACUGUGGAAGAACUGAAAGCGUUUGUGCAGCAGCUGUUUAGCCUUCCCUGUGUCAUCAGUCAGGCCCGGCAAGUAAAGGUGGGUUUUUGGAGAAGGCUGUACUUGGAUUGAGUUUUGGUUCUCUUUAGAAUGGAGGUGGCUACCUGAUUUUGACUGAAGGGUAUUCAUCCCGCACAUGCAGUUAUGCACAGGCCUGCAGCCCCUGCUCCUCAGCUGAUCUUUGCAGUUCAGCUGUGUCUGUGUGUGGCAGGGAGUAUGGGGGUGUUAUCAACCCCUCUCUGCUCAACAGAUGUUUGAUCUUACGAGUGGUGGUUUCAGUUGCCAUCAAGGCACUGAACUGUAAUAAUCUUAGCACUUUCUACUUUUUUUUUUUACCUCCUGCCACUAAAAUCAGUGGGGUUUGGGGGAAGGGAGCUGGAUCAGCGGCCUCGGAUUUAGAGCUUCCAUUUCCUAUUUGAAAUGAACGUUCUGCAAGAUAAUCAAUUAAUGAACAUAUCUAAGUUUGAAAAUUGUUCAACACUAUUCCAUUUAGUUCUGUGAUCUUUAAAUCUUCCUAAUGUUAAACAAAAAAUAACUUGCAUUUUGUGUCCUCUAAAUAUAGCCAAAGUGAUACAAAGGCAGAUUGUUUUCCUGGCAGUGCUUUCUCUUCUCGUGGUUUGAGAAGCAAAUUGUUCAAAGGGGGGGAAGCAGUGAGCUGGACACUGUAGCACCCCAGGAAAACAAAACAUGGACAGUAAUGAGACUGAAUUUGAUUGUUUCCAGUAGUCAUAGUCAAGAAAAGUGUUUUACGGGGAGGGGUUUCAGGUUUAACACAACAGAUGGAAGCAAGUGUCUUAGCACUCCUUGCCAUUCCAGUCAAAGCACUUAGAAUCGCGCUUUUUCCUACCUUGUCAGUUAUUCUGGGGAGCAUUUCUUGCAAUAAACUGUUCAUUGUAGCUUUUUUUCUGCCUGACAUCAGAUGUCAUUGCUUGGAACCUCAAUAGUUCUAAACGUUCAGCUCAUCCCAAACAUACCAGUACCUAGUUACGCAGUCUGCAACCCCUCUGGCAGCUGCCAUCACUGUAGUGAAUGAGCACUUUGUUGUCACUCCCUUAGAACCUGCUGGAUGAUGUUGAAGAGUUUCAUGAACGUGCUCAAGAGGCCAUGAUGGAUGAGGUCCCUGACUCAUCUAAGCUUCAGAUGCUGAUAGACAUGGGCACUGGCCUCUAUGUGGAACUUCCUGAAUUGCCUCGCCUGAAGCAAGAGCUGCAGCAGGCACGCUGGCUGGAUGAGGUGCGGGUGACCCUUUCAGAUCCUCAGAGAGUCACCUUGGAUGUGAUGAAGAAACUGAUUGACUCAGGGGUGGGGCUGGCCCCACACCAUGCGGUAGAGAAGGCCAUGGCUGAAUUGCAGGAGCUGCUCACAGUUUCCGAGAGGUGGGAAGAAAAAGCUAAAGUCUGCCUGCAAGCAAGGCGAGUAUUACUCUUGGUCAUUCUGCUUUCUGUUUACAGGGCCUCCGAACUGCGGUGUAAUUUAAGCCACAAUGAGUUGUAGUCGAGUCUUGGCCUCCCAACACCUGAAACUGACUCCUCUAAUAAGGAGCGGUGCCUGCCUUAUGGCCAAAAAAUGAAACCAAAGCAUUCACAUUCUAAUUCCGUCCUUCAGAGAUAAGUUUGGGAGCGUCUCGCUAAAACUGCGCUUUGAAUCCUGUUGAUGAUAUUCAGUUUUCAUCAUCAGCCAUAAAAAUGGAAUAAAUAACGCUGAAAAAUGCACUGCCACAGAGAAGGGGUUAGUUUUGGGUGAUGGCUGUUCACUACGUGGUAUCUAGGACUUACUUUAUAAUGAUAAUAAUAAUAAUAAUAAUAAUAAUAAUAAUAAUAAUUAAUUAUGAUUAUUAUUAUUUGUUAUUUAUACCCUGCCCAUCUGGCUGGGUUUCCCCAGCCACUCUCGGCGGCUUCCAACUGAAUAUUAAAAUACAAUAGUCAACUAAACAUUUAAAGCUUCCCUAAACAGGACUGCCUUCAGAUGUCUUCUAAAAGUCUGAUAGUUGUUUUUCUCUUUGACAUCUGGUGGGAGGGCAUUCCACAGGGUGGGUGCAACUACCGAGAAGGCCCUCUGCCUGGUUCCCUGUAACUUGGCUUCUCGCAAUGAGGGAACCGCCAGAAGGCCCUCAGCACUGGACCUCAGUGUCCGGGCAGAAUGAUGGGGGUGGAGACGCUCCUUCAGGUAUACAGAUAAGAAAGCAAGACCAUAUGCUAAUCAGGUUGUGCCCCCCUGCACCCCCAGGCCUCGGCAAAGCAUAGCAGCUCUGGAGAGCAUUGUCAAUGAAGCAAAGAACAUCCCUGCUUACUUGCCCAAUGUGCUGGCACUAAGAGAAGCCCUGCAGCGAGCGCGAGACUGGACAUCCAAAGUGGAGGCUAUUCAGGUAUGGUUCACGGCAAGCAAUGCAGCUGGUAUUUAUAUCCUUAAAUCCUUUCCAACAGGCAUUUGCUUCCUUCCUUGAAAAGACAGCAUCAUUUUUUAAUUUUGAAAUCUGAUCUUCAUUGAUUGUCCCAUUCAUUUCCAUGCUUUUUAAUCCUGAUGCAUCCUGGCAAUGCGUUGCAGUGUCUUCUUAAUAUUUACUUACCGUAUUUAUGUCCUGCCUUUCCAUUUCAAUAGAGAUGCUGAAGGCGGCAAGCAAUACACAGCAAAAAUAGAAUAAAACUGUAAAAUUUCUUCAAGCGAAGAAUGGCAGGGAUUCUGUUCCCUGGCUGUGAUUGUGUCUAGUUGUGAAUAAAAGCUGACAUUUUUAGUUCUCUGAACUGGCUUCAGAAUGUAAGGGUAGAUAGUCACUGCUGGUGACAACUGCUCAGUUGGAGCAACUUGAAUACUGAAGCCUUCUCCAAUUAAAUGAGCUAUAUUUGUAUUGAUAAAUAUGUGGCAUCAUCCACCCUGCCCCUUAUGUCUCAGCCUUAACCUUAUAGCUGCAUUUUCUUGAACAAAAAUUGAACAGGUCCUUUUAUAGAGGUUUUCAAUUUUAUAUUUAUGCACACAUACAAGCUCACUUGUUCCUCACAAGCAGAGUGAAGUCAUUUGUUAUUUACAGAUAGGUGUUCUGGAAUUACGUACGUACAAAUUAUAAAAUUUGCUUUUGGAGUAAAUUAUGGAAACUAUUGAAAAGUGUAGGAAAUUAUUAAAUGUGUGUGUUUUAUGGGUGAGAGCUGAUAGAGUAAUAGGCUGCUUGGGAUCACUUCCUUCCAUAUGAACCUGCCAGUACACUAAGGUCAUCCUUAGAAGCCCUUUUCCAAAUGCUUCUGCCGUCUGGGGUCUGGCAGGAAAGAGCCUCUUCAAUUUUGGCACCCCAGCCUUGGAGCACUCAUCCCAAGAAAGAUUGCCUUGGGCCUUCUCAUUACUUUAUGGGUAGGGCCCAUAGCGUAGCAACACAGCACCUGUGUUGGAUGGAGAAAGUUCCAGGUUCAAUCCCUGGCCUCUCCAAAAAUCAGGUGGCAAGUAAUGGGACAGACCACUGCAAGAAACUCUGAAACCACUGCCAUGGUGGUCAGUAUUGCCAGGUUAGGUGGGUAAAUAUUUCUCCUAAAAGGCAUCGUCCAGUGUAUUUUUGGCAGCAGACAUGGACCCUUUUAUUUUCUCAGGGCUAUUAGUGUGAAUUGCUUUUAUUUUACUGUUGUAAUUUUAUUCUCUUAUUGUGUCACACUGUGUUAAUGCUCAUAUGUGAUUUUAUUGCACUUUUUAUCCUAAUAUAAUUGAACAGUGUUGAAAUCCACCUGUGGCUGCAUAGGUUGGCAUAAGUUCAGUUUACUGUGGCGGUGGGAAUGUUUAGCUGAGAAUUAUUCUUUACCCCUUAGAAUGGGAGCAACUAUGCAUAUUUAGAACAGCUAGAGAAUCUGUCUGCAAAAGGCCGCCUGAUACCCGUCCGCCUUGAGGCAUUGCCGCAAGUCGACUCACAGGUAGCAGCAGCCCGUGCCUGGAGGGAGCGAACAGGCAGAACGUUCCUUAAGAAGAACUCGAGCUACACACUCUUGCAGGUAAGUUGUGGGUAAUCUUGUAUUGGAGCCUGUAGAAAUGGCCUUAGCAUUGCCUUCAAAUGGUUAACUGAGGCUAGUGUAAGGUUACCAGAUUUUUUUCAAUGAAUCCGGGGACACUUUUCAACUUCAAUGGAUUUUGUAUGGGGACUGUCCCCGGGAAAUGGGGACGGCUGGUAACCUUAGGUUAGUGACUAUCUCUGUCUGAUGCUUGGCACUGGUAUAGCCAUAACACUUUCCUGUGUCUUAAUGCAUAACCGAUUGAGAAGCAUUAAAUCUGCACAUGUGAGAUGUGAGAUGAAAAUACAUGAACUUCAGUACCAUGUAAAGGUAUUCUCUUUAGGAAAAUGGGUCUGCUUUGCCUGAAAUUGACCCCCCCCCAAAAAAAAAGUUUUAGCUUGCUAAUUAAGUACUGUUUACCAAAAUCAUUUUAAUUUGUCCCACUGGUGAAUUCUGAUUUAAAUCUGGUUUCGAAUGAAAUUUGUCUGAAAUUUUUCUGUGCAGCAUUCAAUCUGAGUGAUCUUAUAACUGGUCUGCUUUUUGGUUGCAGGUUCUGAGCCCUCGAACUGACAUUGGUGUUUAUGGAAGCAGUAAGAACAGGCGAAAAAGAGUCAAGGAGCUGAUAGAGAAGGAGAAAGAGAAGGAGCUUGACCUGGAGUCCUUGAGUGAGCUAGAAGAUGGACUAGAAGAGACCAGAGACACUGCGACGGUGGUAAGGAACUAUAACAGCACUCCACUGGGUUUGAUUUCUUCUAUGGGGACCCCUUACAUACUAACUUCAUGGAACAAUAAAUGCUUGUGAGUGUUGUUACCUGUGGCAGGUAUUUUGGCCAAUUUUUGAUCACUCCUUUUGUUUCCAGGCUCAGGACAAAGUGUUGAUGCUAAAGUUUAAAGCCAUGAAUGGCUUGGGACUCUGGGUAUCUUAAUGUCUACCUUCAUCUGUAGGCUCCUCUCCACAUGCUGUGAUCAUGACCUGAGGCCCAGCUCUUCCAGGGCCAGGGCACCCAAUGGAAUGCCUUACCAACCAGGGUGCAACAUGCCUCAUUGCUAUAUAGUUUUAGGUGGCGGGUAAAGAGGUAGUUGUUUGUAAUUUUUUGAAAUUAAAUAAAACAGAAUAGCUAUGCUGCAUAGUUCUUGUUUGCUCAGUGGAAGUCUCUUCAGUGUUGAGAUGGAAAGUGUCAGGGAACUGACAUCGGAGCAAGAGGCGGAGGCAAGGCUCCCAAGUGAUGCUGGAGAAGGGCCCAGCAGGGAGAGAGGCAGCUCAUCAGCUGGGGAAGGAAAUCAGCGUAACACCAGGGAUAAAGGGGGGCAGAUGGGGGAAUCGGCGAGGGGGGCUCCAGGACUCCUCGCCGGAGACCAGCGGGGAGAGCAUGGGUCUUCCGCUACCCACACCCUCCCUGCGCAGAAGACUUCCGCGCAGGGAGAGUAGGAGGAGACUUGGCGUCAAACAGCUUUUAUGCUGGAAAAGGUUUAAGAAACGCCCACUGACGGAUUCUGCUAGCGACUGAAACAGCCACGAAGUGAAGGGCUGUCCAGACAGAAAAGGUUUAACCAGGCAACCUAGCCAGGAGUGGCGGCAACUUACGCACGAGCAACCCCUAUAUUUAUUACAGAAAGCUUUCAAUCAUAAUUUUAAAAGUUAUGUUAAAAAUGGAAAGCAUUUCAGAAGAAUGAUAAAAUGUACUUGCAUAUAAAGAUAAUGGUAUAAUUAUGCUGUAAAUCCUCAUUACGUGGAGAGAUGUGAACUGCUUUUGAAUACUGGACUAAUCUGUAAACGUAAGUUCAUAGGAAAUUGUGUGGAAAUUAAGAUGAAGGUUUUUCUGCACAUUUAAAAAUGAUGUAUUUCUAUAGUGCUUCACAUGAGUUUUUGAGUUCAGUAAUAAUGUGCCAGAGAUGGAGAGAAAUGUUUGCCUAAGGCCAGCUAGUUAGUUCAUGGCAGAGGUGAGAUUCAAACAAGGGAUCUUCUGAUUCAUAGUUUGGUGCUGUGGCCUCUUUGCCUCCUCAGCUCCCCACUUAAAGGAAGAAAAUGGGGUAUAGCAGCUGAGCUGAGUGAAGGGUUUUCACCUGUUCUUCUCCCUGUCCAAUAGGUGGCAGUCUUCAAGGACCGUGAGCAGAAGGAGAUUGAAGCCAUGCAUGCCCUCAGGGAAGCCAACCUGGCAAAGAUGAUGAUGGUGGACCGCAUUGAGGAGAUCAAGUUCUGCAUUUGUCGCAAAACAGCCAGUGGGUUCAUGCUCCAGUGCGAACUCUGCAAAGACUGGUUUCACAGCACCUGUGUGCCCCUCCCCAAAACCAGCUCCCAAAAGAAAGGCUCCAGCUGGCCUGCCAAAGAAGUCAAGUUCCUAUGCCCACUCUGCAUGCGUUCGCGAAGACCCCGCCUUGAGACCAUCUUAUCUCUGCUUGUGUCCUUGCAAAAGCUGCCGGUCAGACUGCCGGAGGGGGAGGCACUCCAGUGCUUGACAGAGCGGGCUAUGAGCUGGCAGGACCGAGCGCGGCAAGCUCUGGCUACAGAUGAACUGUCCUCUGCAUUGGCCAAGCUCUCUGUGUUGAGCCAACGUAUGGUGGAACAGGCUGCCCGGGAGAAAACAGAGAAAAUUAUCAGCGCAGAGCUACAGAAAGCCGCAGCCAACCCUGACCUACAGGUAGGGGUGAGGCGGGGCCUAAACAAUAGAUAGGAUGUACAGUGGUACCUUGGGUUACAUACGCUUCAGGUUAUAUACACUUCAGGUUACAGAAUCCGCUAACCCAGAAAUAUUACCUCAGGUUAAGAACUUUGCUUCAGGAUGAGAACAGAAAUCGUGCUCUGGCAGCGCGGCAACAGCGGGAGGCCCCAUUAGCUAAAGUGGUGCUUCAGGUUAAGAGCAGUUUCAGGUUAAGAACGGACCUCCGGAACAAAUUAAGUACUUAACCCGAGGUACCACUGUAGUUUGUUUCUCUGGUGUAUGUAGUGCUUCUUUCUGGGAACACUUGAAAAGUUGUUGCAUAUUAAGAACUGUCGCUUAGUUUGAUCUGAAUGCAGUCGAUCUCCUGCGACAAAAAGCUUCUGGUGAUUUUUUUUUAAAAAUCUUAGGUGUCUUGUAAGGCUUACAGGCUUACAAGUGAAGGUUAUAAAGAUAUACACAAUAAGGACCUCCACAAAAAUAACACAAAAACAAUAAGGCACAGAACUUUAUAAAAAUGUAUAUUCAGUUUUCAUAGCUGCAGUGCACCAUUCAGACAAUGGCCAGUUACUCUGGAAUUCCAGCUGAUCACAUUUUCUUUUGCGUUACAAAAAUAAAGUCACAAGGCUUACAACGGGUCAGCAACCUUUUUCAGCUGUGGGCCGGCCCACCGUCCCUCAGACCAUGUGCUGGGCCGGACUAUAUUUUGAAAAAUAAAUAAAAAAUGAACGAAUUCUCACGCCCCACAAAUAAGAUGCAUUUUAAAUAAAAGGACACAUUCUACUCAUGUAAAAACACGCUGAUUCCUGGACUGUCCGCGGGCUGGAUUGAGAAGGCGAUUGGGCCGCAUCCGGCCCCUGGGCCUUAGUUGCCUCCCCCUGGCUUACAAAAUAAGGUGAUAAGGUUCAGUUUGAAUAGGAGUGGGUUCACAGUUUAAUAAACUCAAGUUUGUUACAAAUGUAGGUAAGUGGCCAAAUCACAUCCGUUUUCUUUAAGCACAUAAAGUAUAUUCAUUGACCAGCAGGGGGUUUAUAGGCUGCAAAGCCAGAGAUUGUAAAAUGUGACAAUCAGGACAGGUGAAUGUAGGUGUGCUUCCCGUAUUGUUUUACUGAUGGGAUUAUAGCUUUACUUUGAAGAGUUGCUAAUUCACAUUUUGGUAUCCUGCCUCCUGUUUGCUUCACUCCUUUUUCUGCUUUGGCUUUCUCUACCAAAAUACAGUAUACUGUAUUUUAUUUAGAUGUGGAGAUUACACUUCUGGAUCUGAAUUGUGUCCAUAGAGCAAAUCAAAGGAGACCUCCUAUUGAAGUCUUCUAAAUUAACUUAGUUUUAACCUCCUAAUACUUUUUUCACCCCUUAGGGUCACUUGACUAGUUUUCAGCAAUCUGGCUUUAACCGGGCAAUGAGUAGUGUGUCGUCAUCUCCACGACAGACUAUAGACUAUGAUGAUGAGGAGACGGAUUCAGAUGAAGGCAUCAGGGAAGCGCUUGGCUAUGACAUAAAGGUCAGCACUGCAGUAAAAAUCUUUGAGCCAUUAAUGUCAGUUUUAUUUCUUCAAUGAAACUUCAGCCAAUUUACCGUAGCUUACAUUCACAGCUGUAAAAGUUGCUUGACGCAUCAAGGUGAUCCAAGAUGUGUCAUGAAGCUUGUAAUGGAUUUUAAUCUUACUGCAGAGUUUGCAUUUGAAUUAACUGACUGGAAAUGAGCAAAAAUGCACUGUCCGUCCCCAUAAAUCUAGAGAGAGGUAUUGGCCCUCUUGUCUAUCUGUUGCAGUGGUUAAAAAGUAAACCAUAACCCAUGUUCCUAUAACACACUAGCUUAACAUAUGUUGGCACAAAAAUAGAUAACUCUAUGCUUAUGCCCACUUACAUUCUGCUCGUAGGACAAUGCCAGUGUAAAAUCCUCUAGCAGUGUGGAGCCCAACUUGUUUUGUGAUGAAGAAAUUCCCAUUAAAUCUGAAGAAGUUGUAACACACAUGUGGACAGCCCCCUCCUUCUGUGCUGAACAUGCAUAUUCAUCAGCUUCCAAAAGCUGCUCCCAAGGUAACAUUUCCUAUAUAUAUGGGGCAUCUAAGGGACUGUCUGACCUCACAGUAACAUGUAACACUUGAGUGCCUUGUGGCUCUUGAGUAAUUAACUAUAAUUCUAGCUUCCACUGCUGUGUUUGAUCAUUCAAGAGACUUUGCAGUCUGCCAUAAUUAAGGGAAAUAAUUGCCAUUCACUACUAAGAAAUACAGCAUUUGAAAUGUUUAUUUGAAGUCUUGUCUGUUCUAAUCCUUUUUAUGUGAAUGGAAAAUUAAACCAUUCUCUAUUGACUUGUCUGGUGUGAUUUUCGGCUUCUCUCUAAAAGGCUCCAACACCCCAAGGAAGCAGCCUCGCAAAAGCCCCCUGGUACCUCGCAGUUUAGAACCUCCUGUGCUUGAGCUGUCUCCUGGAGCCAAAUCACAGCUAGAAGAUCUAAUGAUGAUCGGAGAUCUCCUAGAGGUUUCUCUGGAUGAGACCCAGCACAUCUGGCGGAUCUUGCAAGCAACACAUCCUCCAUCAGAGGAUAGGUUUCUACAUAUUAUGGAGGUGAGGAUGGAUGUUCCAUACGGAGAAUCAUUUAGUUCCCUUAACUUACCUUCAAAAGGAAGAGUUUCCAUCUCUUUCCUUCCCCCAAGUCCUUUUUCAAGACAUGCUUGCUUAAUGCGGUAGGGUUUCCCUCUGUUUCUUCCACAUCCAUUGAAGACGGCAGGACUGCCUGUGGCUUUGGGUCUAGGAGAUGAAACAAAAUUGGCUAGAACAACAACUACCUUCUCUUCCCUGCCUAGUUAAGCUAGAGGAGGGGUGGGGAAUCUUUACUAUGUUGAGGGUUGCAUUCCUGCAGGGAAAGCCUCAUUCCUCUCCCCCAUCACUUUUUCAUCUCUUUCCCUAUCCCAUCAAAAAUCUCCUCCUUACUAGGCAGUUUGGCUCAGGGGAAAACAAACUCAGUCAUGUGUGUGAGAGAGCUUUUUGUUUAAGCCUAUCUGUUGUAGAGGGAAGGCAGGCAGGCGGGCUGCAGGCUGGAUCCAAAGGCUGCUGGUUCCUGAGAUCUGGUGUAGACAGUAUGAGCUAGAUGGACCAACUGGUCGUUUUCUGUAUAAGAUUGAGAAAACUUAAAACUGCAGCACCUGCCUUUCUGGGUCAUGUAGCCUGUCUCUCUCUGCGUAUAUGUGUACACAUUCUGCUUAUUGAUAUGCAUUACAUACACUCUUUUGUGCUCUCCCAGUGGUGACUGAAAUGGCCAAUGUUGUGGGGCGGAUGAAGGGUUUUCACUUUGCCUCCACUCCAGCAAUGAACAGUGUCACCCAACUAACAACCUUAGUUCCUUAACUUUGCUUUGUGAUAUGUACGUCUUCCUAACCUUUCUUUUGUCAAACUACCUUUUCUUUAAGGAUGACAGCAUGGACGAGAAGCCAUUAAAAAUGCGGGGAAGAGACUCUUCUGAGCGGAAGCGCAAGCGCAAGCUAGAGAAAGCAGAGCAGUUCUUUGGCGAAAUGAAGCAGAAGUCUAAAGAGCUGAAGAAGUUGGAGAAACCCAAGAAGAAGAAGCUAAAACUGACCAUGGAUAAGACGAAGGAGCUGAACAAACUGGCCAAAAAGCUGGCUAAGGAGGAGGAGCGGAAGAAGAAGCGUGAGAAGGCAGCUGCGGCCAAGGUGGAGCUGGUGAAAGAGUGCACAGAGAAAAAGAGGGAGAAGAAAAUCUUGGAUAUCCCCUCCAAGUAUGACUGGUCAGGAGCUGAGGAGUCUGAUGAUGAAAAUGCAGUGUGCGCUGCACAGAACUGCCAGAGGCCCUGCAAGGACAAGGUGGGUCACCUUGGCUGAACCUUUUCAGAGCUCAGUACUAGCCUGCUUCAGAUUUCAGGCUGUCUUAGCGUUCUGUCAUUUUAUUUUUAUUUAAAGGGUAGAAACCAUACAAAUGUAUGCUUGAUAAUAAUGAACAAGGAAAUUUAUGCGUGUGUACCAUUUGUGCAUGUAUGACUUAGGCUGUUCUGAAGCAGAAUUCAGUCUUGCUAACUGGAUUCUGACUGUUGACAGAUGCAGUUUAAGAGAUGCAGUAGAGAAAUGGGUAAAUCUGAAAAUAGUUCGUCCAUCUGAUAAGUUUUCCCAUCUCCUCAUCUUUCCUUCCCUGCUGGCACUCUAGAAAACCUGCUGACUGACACCCAGGAGUUAAUUCCAGACUUGAGAGAGAACUGUAUUCCCAGGCCUUGGUGUGUAUCGAAGUGAAAGUCUCUAAGCUGGCCGUGCGGUCCUCGUCUAGGAAAGUUAAUCUUCCAAAAGCUCUUGCAUAAAGCCUGUGAGCCAUGAGUCUGCAGGUUGAGGGAAGCCACAUGCUGCACUGCCCCACUUUUCUUGCUGGAGGUAAAUCUGCAGAGCUUUUAGAACUGAUCGGAUUAUAGCAAAUUAAAUCUCUUCCGCCCUGGAGACCUUUUUUCAGGUCCACUUGCAGCAACUUUGGACUGUACUUUCAGCUCUACAAGAGCAAUCUCCUGGAAGCAACACUCAAACUCCAUCACAGUUUUGUGCUGCUUCUGUUCAGAGAACAUUCCACAAAGCUGCUAUGCAUGUGUGUGCACGCAUAACUAGGAUUGACUUGUGUGUUGGCAAUGCCAGCUGUUGCCUAUGUGCAGUAAUGCACCUAAUCACCCAGGGGUGGGGAAACUGGGUAUGCACUAACAGAGGGUUCUUGUGCAGGUGAACAAUGCAGAUUGCUGUUGGCUGUGUGGUUCUUUGUUGAAAAAUAAAGCUUUCCUUUUGCAAAAAAGCCACACGCCUCAAAAUGUAAAUCCUGCACAAGUGCAUAAGCUGCUGCAGAAAUUUCCAUAUGCUGCAAAAGCCAGGGGUUUGCUGCAGAAUUUAGCUGCAGAGACCUAGGGAACACACCAUGAAGAUGCUUUAAGUUGCCUAUUUUUUAGACUGAUCGCUCACACUAUCCACACCGGUUCAGGUCAGAGAAUAUUGUAUAAUAUCCUUGCUAAUUUGUUCCUUUAUAAACUUAAUAUAUUUUUUAGAAACCAGUUUAAAACAUAUUGCCACUCAUAUUUGCCCUGCCCACUGUACACUUGUCCAAAAAAAUACAAAUAAAAAAACAUUUCAUUGCCAAGAGGCUGUUAAACACUGGCAAACUGUAGGAGAAAGAGUUUCAUGGCAUACAGUAGCCAUCAAUAAUGUUUCUGUACAUUUCUCUUAUUCUGAUGUUUUGCACUGUUUUGCUUGUUCAAAGACCCAAUGGUUGGUCCUGUGGAAAGUGGUGGUCAAAGAAUAAUAAAAUAGAAGAGUUGGAUGGGACCGUGAGGUUCAUCUAGUCCAACUCCCUGCAAUGCAGGAAUCUUAAGCAUCCAUGACAGAUGGCCAUCCAACCUCUGCUUUACAAACUUCCAGUGAAGGAAAGUCCAUGGUCUUGAAGAGGGAGAAGGACCCAGCUAAUAAGAAAGUUGAUGCAGAUGCUGGAGCACAGUAAUGUGUGGACUCCAUUCUGCCACUUUAUGACAUUCCAGCCUCAAAGCUAUGCAGACAUGAAUGGUUCCUUAAGUCUGAAUCUGAGGUUGCUGGAACAGAUGGAGUUGUUUGCUGCUCCCAGCAAAGCUACAAGCUUGAGGACCAAGCUCAAGCCCCCAUCUUCCUACCUGCUAACCAUGGUCAUUUAGUCUUAUCUAGAUAGGGCUUUAAUUAACUUUGAUCCUCAGUGGUCAGACAUCAGGCAUAGACUCUGCAGAACCUGGAUUGGACAAAAAGUAUAGUGAUUGGUACAUGAGUAAUGCCUAAUACGAUCCCUACACCUGAUAUCUCCCAGUGGUUUCAUACAUAGUGGGUAUGCAUUAUGGGGUUCUGUAAGAAGGGCUGGUGGGGGUGAGACAGGGAGGUGAGCAAUCUCAUCUUACUGGCCUUUGGGGUUUCUCUCAAGAAUGAUGAACACAAUAGCCAAGCAAUUCUAUGAAUAUUAGUUUUGUAACUGGGGCGCCAAGACUCAUGGCCAGUACUUUGAAAGGCUGCAAGGAAGUCUCAACAAGGCCUGUAGGAGAUUGUUUCUCCCACAGUAGAUGGGAAUCAACCAAAAAGCCACAAUCACAGUCUCUGUGCCAUUUAGACCAAAAGUCAAGUUAGCAGGAAUUUUAGAAAACAUUUUUGGGGUUCAAUUUGCCACUUGGAACAGGUCCACUGGAUCAUGCUUUGCAGAUACAGUGGCAGCAAAGAGGGAAGGCUGAUGUGUCCAUUGGUCAGUUUUGUCAUUAAUAAGAGUUAACACGGGUCUCUCCUUCACGUGCAUCUUCCUAAACCAGGGAGACAGUGCCAAUGAAAAGGCUAUUGGGAGUAACACUGGCUAAAGUCAACCUUCUGUUGUACACAUCAGCCAGACCAUUGACAGGUACCCAUUCCCUGUUGCUUAUCCUCCAGAGUUGUGGAAUCCAGCUUGUUUCAUGAAUCCAGUGGCACACCAGCCUAAAAGGCCUACUACCCCAGUGAGGGCACCUGAGGGAGGGAUCUCUGCCUUCCAAGUUGGCAGUGGUGUCACCCACCUUGCCUAAUAGGCUUUCAGACUAGGGCAGAUCAUAUAUCCCAGAACUUACCCUGUUGCAUGAACAGAGCCAGGUUUUGGUGUAGACCAUGGUUGUCAGAGACCAAGAAGUUCAAGUCAGCUCCAGCCUUGGUUUGUAUGCUGAAUUAUCCAGUAUAAUGGGUCUUCCCAACCUCCAUCACUGCAGAAAUAGAUUUUGCAUUCGAUGAACUAAGAACCGCAUACCUUAAUGCAUAGCUAAGGUACCAAUAACUGUCUUUACCAAUAACUGACACUUCUCUCUCCCCACUGCAGUUUGGAUACUUGCACGAGACCAAAACCAGGCCUUACUCAGCCAGGUCUCAUAACGCAUACAAGGUCAGUGGCCUUAUCCAGAAUUAAAUAAUGGAUAAUAAAUGUUUAAUUGCCCACUGACGGUUCCAACAACCAUGACAGGCUGGAGGCAACAGCCCUGCGCCCCUAAGACAGCCCAGCAAUUGCAGGAAGUGACACAGAGUUAGCACCUCCUCAAGUACUCUUGGAAGUGCUCUGCUUGGAGACAAGAGGAGGGAGAAUUGGGUCCAAAUGUUGGAGUAUCUUAAUUUACUGUACUUCAUUCACCUUUUUGGGUAGGAUUAAGGUCAGACGCUCAGUUAAAAUCCUUUUGACUGCUGAAAUAAAUGCUUCUCAGUGUGGGGAACCAAAGCUUGUGUUUCUCUUUUUGAUGACAGCAUGCUUGCCUUUGGUUUAACUGAUAAUUUUAGCACUUCCCACUUGUGCUUCCUCUUUUAUUUGCUCCUGCCACUGCAUGGUGGCCAUUAACCCUCUGCCACAUAUGGGCAAAAAACACAAGCAGGAAUUCUUUGAUCAGUGACUAAAGCAUUGCUAGAAACAAAAAAGUAGGCUUGGCUCAGAACAGCAAAAAGGGGAAGCAAACUGUGUUUAGAAUAGACUUGAACUAAGGAGGUUUACAAUAAUAUGAUUGAAUUGGGUUUAUGGCUACUUUGAGAUAGUCAAUAAAUUUUAAAUUCUUUUAAAGUAGAGUGCACUUAAUUUAGGGGACAAAAUCCGAUACUACUUGAAAAUCAAGCCAACUAGUAAUUUAGGGGAUGAUGGUCUGUUUCAACUUGAUACCUAUGGUAGAGUUGAAUAUAUGAAGCUGCCUGAUUACCUUUGGCCCAGCUACUUAGACCGGCAGCAGUUAUCCAGGUCUGGAUUUGCUGCAGACUUGAACAUGAAUGUCUUCAUAUAUGCAUAUAUUAUGCCAUAAAGCUGUGGACUCUCCCUUUACUUUUUUACUUCCAAUUUUGCCUGUACAUGACAUUGAAACCACAGAUUUCAGGAAGGGCCAGUUUCUGGUCAGGAACACCUUAAUACUGGAAAUAUUGUGUGUGUGUGUGUGUGUGUGUGUGUGUGUUCGUGUGUAUGUUCUUGAGGAGGAAAUUGAGUAUGUUGAACAAAUGGACAUUGUAAUUAUCUAGAAAGUGAGCCUUAAACGUAUAGCAGCAGCAGCUAAUUCCCACUGUGUUAUGUCCCUGGCCUUUGUGAUCUUAACUGCAAGAACUGGGAUUGUGCUCGCGUCAUUUCACAUGAUUAUUUUUUAUGCAAAGUGCCAUGUAUCUUGGUGGUGAAAUGCAAGAGCCUAAUUGCCCACUUACUGGAAUCAUAGUCUCCUCUGUGUUAUGGAAGUUUAUGCAGGUAAUGUAUGCUCAUACUGUAUGCAAGCUAGGAUGUUGGAUGAAUCUCUGAGUCUUCUGGGUGCAGGCUGUGAAAACCCUGCUUUGUUACUUGAAUGUGAAUUGAAACAUCUGAACCAUGGGAGGCGCCUGCGAUAUGUUGGUUUCAAAAAUGAAGUCUCCAGGUAAAUCCUACAGAAUGGGGCUUUUCCUUCUCACAGGCUUUCCCUGCCCAUUUCUGUUGCAUUAACCAGGGAGUCGUCCUCCCUGGUAAAUUCCCAGCCAAGUAUUCUGCACCCCUCAGUCUGUCCCCUUGAGCAGAAGUUACCUGGGAACAACUGAUGAGGUGCUGCAGCAUCUGCUGCUAGUUUCUGGCAUCCUUAACGCUGCUCCUGAUGGACAGGCUGAAGGUCUGGGGCCAGAUGCAGUUCUCUCCUCCAAAGAUGCCCGGUUUGGUGGUAAAGAAUGAAUGUAUUAACCCUUGCUUCUCUAAUGACACCUGAAUAGGUUUGUACUCCAGCUUUCUCAGCUUCUGUAAUGCUAAGCUGGAGAAUUCUGUCGCCUUUUGUGAGUUUCUCUUCCGUUGCGAUGUCACUAACACGUGUCUAUUGUAUCUUACAGGUAGACUGGGUGCAGUGCGAUGGCGGCUGUGAUGAGUGGUUUCAUCAAGUUUGUGUUGGUGUCUCGCCAGAAAUGGCCGAGAGUGAAGAUUAUAUCUGUAUAAACUGUGCAAAGAAACAGAUGCAGGGGGCAGGCAGUCCGACACACGCACCACCUCCUCAUUUCCUGCUGAGCUACAAACUACCUUUGGAGGACCUCAAGGAGACGAGUUAGCAGCCGCUUGGUCUUACUGGGACGUAAGGGAAAUGGAACACUAAGAUGGCGGCGUGAAGCUAAUGUAGCCACUUGGAAAUGCUCCACUUCUGCGGACGUACGGCCCUAUAGCGGAGCUGGCCCCAUAUAGCUGGCUUCCUUUACGCAAAAGGGAUGUCAUGGGCACAGGGGUACUGACCCAGCUAUGCAGAUACCACCCUGUUGGAAGUCCCAGCCAGUGUAUUUACUCCCAUGUUUCCUUUAAGAAAAAAGAGGCUAAGCAUAGGUACCACCUUCAGGCUGAGCAGAUAUGAGGCCCAUGGAUUAAGCUGCUUUGCCUCAGCAGUUCAAAUGGGGGUCAUUGUUGAGAAUCCUGCAACCCACAAGUUUGCCUCUUGAGUGGUGGGCUGAUUGGGCAGAGGUGCCUAGGCCAUGCUAUGUGGACAAGGAACUUGCAUUGAGCACCACACAGGGGGAGAUGGGUGGGUGGAAUACAAACAAACAAAUUAGCUCCUGGUUUUGUUGUUAGAAGGCAAAGGAACUAUAGGUCUUGGAAACAGACGUUGAUUUUGUGUUUGCCCUCCUUCCUUUGGUGGUGCCUCCCCUCGUUGGGGAAAGCUCACCGUAUAAAUUAACAUGUAGCUGAAGGGUAUGUUUCCUUGGCAAAGCACUCCUCUCUGCACUGGUGGCCAUUUCCCCUUGUCUCAGGCUUUGCUUGACACCCUGUCACUAAGUUGUCUGAAGCAAGGUGCAGCUGGUAUGGUAGGUAUCACGAGUGCAUGGGGUUGGAGAUGGGGGCCGAGAGUAGCUCAGCUUCCUCACGAUUCCACACUGACAUGCUUCUGUGAAAAACGCCAGCUCACAAGUAUUCCCAGCAUCACCAAACGGUAGUUUCACAGUUCCAAAAAUGCAGUCUACAGAUUGCAGCCCUGCUUCCUCGCCUUUAGGUUUCUAUGGAUUAAAGGCCUACACUUGGCUACAAAUCUGGCUCAAUCUCUCUCCCCCCCCACCCCGCUUUCCUGGAAGAGAGGCGACUUGGGGAGCAGGUGGCAAUUGUUUUAGUAAACCAAUUUUUAAAAAAGGACUGGUUUUUACUUUUUUCUAUGUCUCGGACUACUGACUUGUUCUACAAAAAAAAAGAGAAAGAUUAUUUUUCUUUGGUUUUUAUACUUACCACGGUUACCAGCAGCACAGAAAAAAAGAGAGAGGCUCACACACACACACACAAAAAAACCUGCCUGCAGGCUUGGGUUUUUAACUUCAUUCCUUCCUUGUAGUACAAGGAAAUUAGCAGUUACUCCCCACAUCCUUGCUCCACCUGCUGCCUGUGUUUUAAAUAGGUAAAAACAAAACAUUUCAUGUGCUACCUUCAUGUUGGAGUUUGUUCUGUUAGCAGGGCAUCUUGAUCCUUGCUGGCUUUUCUGUGAGUGGCUGAAACUGGCCAUGGUGGUGUCUCUCCCCCCCCCCCCCCGUUCCCAUUAUCUAUUGUGUUUCCAUUCUUCUACAGUUCUAGGAGUGUUGUAACUAUAGUGUCCAGUCUUACUAGAUGCAGGGGUUGGGAUUUUCUAAAAGAUAAAAAUCUUGUAGUGUUCUGCCUUGACUGUUUUGUGUCCCUUCUGUUGUAUCCGGUACUUGGAGAUGUCGUUG